AGCAUAAAAAUCGACGUCAAAUAUCAGCAGACACCUGUGCUGCGGAAGGAUAUGUCUGGGGACAGAUGAGAAGCAUUUAUUCUUUUUCCAACGGCCAUUUAAUUUUGUUAAAAUGGUUAAGAAGAUGCAUGAUCUACAAGACUUGGAUUUUCAUUUUAAGCGACGGUCUCGCUCCCGCAAGUCAAGCGAUGACCCUCCUCCCCUCAGCGCAACCGAGAGUACUGGUUCAGUAUUCAUCAGGUAUGUUUAAAAGAUUCUUUCCAAUCGUUCCAUGAGUAUUUUGACCUAAUGGUUUAUAAUUAUGACCUUGCCGAUGACACAAUGGAUUAUUAUCUACUGCUUCUAAGUGGGUCACUCAGUGUAGCUGAUACAUUUCUCCUGGGACGUUAAUGAAGUUUCAGUUUUGCAUCAAGGAUCAGGCCCGGCCAAGCUUGGAUUCUGUAAAGGCAGACCCCAUAAUUAAAAUGUUUAGGGAUAACUGAAUAGAGGCAAGCAUUUCUGGCACACCCCAUUUAAUCUACGCAGCAGUUUUAGAGAGUUCGGUCUCAGUUGGAUUUACACAAGCUUCAUUUUCUUUUUUCUUUUUUCAAAAAAAUUUAUUAAUUUUCCAAAAAAAAAAUUAAACGAACAGACAUAUAAACAAACAAACAUAAAUCUCCACCGUAUUAAAUCAAGCUUAGUUACAUUGUUAAGUGACUUCCUCGUGUCCCCCUGGUUGAAUUUCAAUGUAUAUCAUUUUAACGGUUUUCCAAAUCCAAUAUUCUUAAAAAAUUAACUUAAUCGCUUAACAUCUUUCUUUCCAAUUCAACAUUAAACAUAUUGAUUCAUCACAUUACAUAUUUAAAUCCUAAGCCUAUCUGGUAUUUGUAAGUUUUUCGAAUUAGUUUAACUUAACAUAUUUAACUAAAUAGUCUUUAAAUUUCAUCCAUUCUUCCUGGUACUCCUCCUUCUUCUGGUCAUGAACUCUUCCAGUCAGGUCAGCUAGCUCCGAAAAGUCCAUCAUCUUCAUCUGCCAAUCUUCCACCGUUGGUACUUCUUGUGUUUUCCAAUUCUUAGCUAAUAAAAUUCGAGCAGCAGUUGUGGCAUACAAAAAUAAUUUAACAUCUUUCUUGGGCAAUUCCAGACCUGUUAUUCCAAGAAGAAAGGCCUCUGGUUUCUUAAUAAAUGUAUAUUUCAACUUUUUUCAAUUCAUUAUAAAUCUUCUCCCAGAGGUCUUUCACUUUGGGGCAGGUCCACCACAUAUGAUAGAAAGUACCUUCUUUUUCUUUACAUUUCCCACACAAGCUUCAUUUUCACUCCCAUAGUAGAUAUGAUGGAAAUAGGAGUGCAUGGAGAUUCUGUCGUUUUCUGGAUGUUCUAACACGGCGCUUUAAAUAUAUAAAUAGUAUGCAUUUAUAUGUGCAUUCUGGUUUCUUUUUUAAAAAAAUGUAUAAUGUACAUUUGCGUUGCCAUAUUUCAAAAAGUGAAAAUCUGGACACAAAAGUUGUUGAACUUUUUGAGUAGUUGAGCUUUUUUUUUAUUAAAUUCACCCGAAUUGACAUUCCCAACGUGGGUGGCCAUAUGUCUGGAUUUUCCCGGACAUUUAACCAUCUUUCUCCCAGACACUGUUUGCGAAGGCCGAAUUCCAGCUAUGUCUGAGACGUAUGGCAAGCCUAAGCAAUGCAAUCAUGGAACCGAACUGAGUAAAAUACAUUAAAAUGACAGUACAGUGGUACCUCGGGUUAAGUACUUAAUUUGUUCCGGAGGUCCGUUCUUAACCUGAAACUGUUUUUAACCUGAAGCACCACUUUAGCUAAUGGAGCCUCCCGCUACCGCCACGCCGCCGGAGCAUGAUUUCUGUUCUCAUCCUGAAGCAAAGUUCUUACCCCGAGGUAUUAUUUCUGGGUUAGUGGACUAUGUAACCUGAAGCGUAUGUAGCCUGAAGCGUAUGUAACCCGAGGUACCACUGUAGUGGAUUGGAAAUAGGCAAAUUAUCCCAUCUCUAGAGCUAAUGUGGUCUAGCUCCCCAACCCACAGUACUGCCACAGCACACAAAAGGUGAGAUGUGGACCGAAAGAAUUUUUGAUUUGGAUAUCCCAGGUUACCAGACACACUGGGGGUACCUUGCCCAAGCCCCUCUCCUCACCCCCUAAAAAUGCUGGAGCUGGCCCUUUCUAGUGCACUUUAAAUCAACUUUGUGAUGAAAUCUAAGCCUACUUCACAGGUAUCAGGAAUCAGUUUCACGGUUGCACUGUGAAGCUUCCACAAGCAAGAACUUUGGCAUCCUUACAUAAUGCUAUCAAACUGUUGAUGAGACACUUUGAUAUUGCUGACGUCGCAAAUGUGAGAAAUUGUACAGAAGCAAAUAUUCCGUCUCCCCUCCCAAAUUAGAUGUCUCGUUCGAAUCAGCUAUUGAAUAUCAACAACUGCCAAUAACGCUGAGAAAUGCAAUCAUUUCUGUGUGCUUUGUGUUGAAUCAGCAGCGGGCAAUUAAGUCGAGCUAAAUAAAAUGGGCACCAGCUUUCUUGAUAGAAGCUGCAGCCACACAACAUUUUAUUCUAGAAUCAAUAGAAACUGAGUGCUUGCUUUUUUAUAUCGUAGUCCACACAAAAUCUAGUUCUACUGCAUAUUUUUGCUCUUGAAAAGUGUUUCUUAAAAAACUAGUUUUGCUGUGAAAAUAAAAGUUCGUUGUUUUACCCCAUGGUGUGUCCUUUUGAAACGGGCGCACCUGCCCAUUGAUGCUAUAGGUGGGAGUAUACCAAGACCACAAUCACCGCUUCCUUUCUCCACUUGGGGCAUGUGUAAGAAGGAAAAGGCAUGGAUGACCUAAUCAUGAGAAGGGUUUCCAACUCAAUAUAAAGUAACCACACUUUGUGGACAAGCAGGAUCUAUAAGGUCCUGAUUCCUACCCUCAAACAAAAGACUUGGACUCACUGUUCAGGAAAUCCUGAUAGUUGUAUCAAGGAAGUUAGCACAUGACCUUUGCAUCAGCUCAGGUUACAAGUUGAAGGCUCAAAAGAGACCUUGGCAGAGGCUAGGAUAGGUAGCUAAGCUUAAGCUUGAGCAAAAGAACCCCAGUGCAUGGCACACCCAGUGCUUUUUUCUGGGGGUACACAGGGGUACGCAUAGCCCUAAACAUUUUGUGAAUCUUUGUACUUUUGUCCAUUUACUAUAUUCAUUUUUCCCGAUUUGAGCUAUAAAAUGGUGGUUUUCUUGAGUCAAAAUGAGAGUACCCCUAAACUUUUCUCUUUUUUUUUAAAGGACUGGACACAGCCCUCCCACAUGUUUUAAAAUGCUUCUCCCAGUCGCCACUUGAGCGAUCUCCACCCUCACCUAAGAAUCCUCCUUGCCCUUGGGCAGAUGCCACCAUUCCUGUCUCAUUUCGCUUGGCAUCACCUGGGGCAUAUAUUGAGGAUGAGCAUGAAUAAUUCUGGAUUGAUUAAAAAAAACCCACAUUUUUGUGCUACAGGUGGGUUAGUGCGUACACAGCCUUAGACUCUGAUCUGCUUGUGGUUUAUUUAAAGUACAGUGGACGCUCAGGUUGGAAACGUGAUCCGUGCGGAAAGCACGUUCGCAACCUGAAACACCGCAUCUGCGCAUGCGUGGGUUGUGAUUCGGCACUUCUGUGCAUGUGCAAAGCGUGAUUUAGUGCUUCUGCAUGUGUACAAGUGCCAAAACCUGGAAGGACCCGUUCCAGUACUUCUGGGUUUGGUUCAGUGCGCAACCUGAAAUUGCACAACCCGAAGCGUCUGUAACCCGAGGUAUGACUGUAUUGUAUGGUGUAUUCUCUGUACCUAUGGACAGCCAGUGUUCUCAAGGUACUUAUGGAAGUGGAUUGUGUAAAGUUUGCAACACAGUGUUGUUUGGGCCUUCUGCCAGUCUUGGGACUAUCACAUCUCAUCUUGAAAGGAAUGAGAUAUAUACCAGUCCACCUCCACCACUUAAUGAAUUUCCUUCUGUUACCCUGUACCCUCAAGUAUAAAAAGGUAACCUGGCUGUUGCCGUGAAAGCUGUUAACCUUCAAAAGGGGAAUUGAAUUUGUCCAAACUGCACUAGAAAAGCACGUUCAGCCAUGUAUUUCAUUCUCUAGCAGUAACAAUUUUAAUUCUGCACACAGACAGCCAAGCCAAGCAGGUAAUCAAAAUAAAUUAGAAAAACCCUGUCCUCUGAUUCCUGGUAGAUAUCUUUGUUAUGUUGUUUUCCCCCCUAAACUACAAGACACGGACCCUACAUAUUAGUUAAGGGUGAACUCUUCCAUACGGUCACUCUUUCUCUUCCUUCCCCAACUUCCAGCUGCUCAAAGUACUCUCAGAAUCCCGUUUGCAAUCCCACCUCGGGAAAGAAAACCAAUCCUAUUAGAGUUGCGUAAUAGCCAAUCAAAACAGCGUGUUUGGCUCCCCUUUUCCCCUGCUAAUCAAUAUAUAGCAUUUUUAUCUUAUGCCUUCUCAUCAAAAGACUUGGAUUUCUCUGAAUGAAGGCAUACAUGUGCACACAGAGAGAGAUGCACACUAAUUUGUUGAUAUUUGCUAUAGCCCAACAAUCCUGUUCCAUUAUAGCAAAUGCCUGACCUGCUCUGGAUCCUAUAACCAGUGCUCUUUUUCUAGAAAAAGAGGUGUCGGAACUCACCAUGAACACCUCCCUCGUUCUCUUGGAAUGGCACCUACUUGAGAGGUGCCAGAAUUGAGUUCCGGCAAGUUUUGGCUGAAAAAAAGCCCUCCUAUAACAGAUAGAGCAGGGGUUGGCAACCUCAGGCCCAUGGGCUUAACCCGGCCCAUGGACCCCUGCCACCUGCUCAGUCGGCUCCUGUGCACCAUGCUAAACCAGCACAGAGCAGAGCAGGGACCGCCUCCCGCAACGCUGGCUGGCUUCCCAUUGGCUGCAGGAAGGUCCGGCAGCCAAUGGGAAGCUGCACAUGCCUCCUCUGUGUUGGAAGGAGCGCCGUAAAUAGCGUUUGCGCGUGUGUGCACACUCUCUGGCCCAUUGCGGCGUCUGCGGGACCGUGAACCAGCCCAAGCCACAAAAUCUUUGCCGACCCCUGGGAUAGACAGAUAUAACUCUAGAAAUCGUUUAACUGUUGUUGUUUAGUCGUUUAGUCAUGUCCGACUCUUCAUGACCCCAUGGACCAGAGCACGCCAGGCACUCCUGUCUUCCACUGCCUCCCGCAGUUUGGUCAAACUCAUGCUGGUAGCUUCGAGAACACUGUCCAACCAUCUCGUCCUCUGUCGUCCCCUUCUCCUUGUGCCCUCCAUCUUUCCCAACAUCAGGGUCUUUUCCAGGGAGUCUUCUCUUCUCAUGAGGUGGCCAAAGUAUUGGAGCUUCAGCUUCACGAUCUGUCCUUCCAGUGAGCCCUCAGGGCUGAUUUCCUUAAGAAUGGAUAGGUUUGAUCUUCUUGCAGUCCAUGGGACUCCCAAGAGUCUCCUCCAGCACCAUAAUUCAAAAGCAUCAAUUCUUCGGCGAUCAGCCUUCUUUAUGGUUCAGCUCUCACUUCCAUACAUCACUACUGGGGAAACCAUAGCUUUAACUAUACGGACCUUUAUCGGCAAGUUGAUGUCUCUGCUUUUUAAGAUGCUGUCUAGAUCGUUUAACUAUACAGAUAAUAUUUGACAGCUAUCCACACGGUGCCACCAGACAGAUACCCUUGGGAAUCAUCAUGAUUGUGACCUGAGAAAGAUAGAAAGAAAAAGAGGCCAUCAGGUUUGCUUCCUGGAUUGUAUUUUUACCUUCAACAUCUAGCAGAGUUUAUGUUGGCCUUCCCCAAAAGAUGUUUCUAGCAAGGGCACUAUCAUUUAUACAAGUGCACAUCUUGACAUGUCUCCACGAUGAUGAAGUAUCUGCGACUCGGGGAUGGAGACGGAAUCAAUCUAAAAUGACUGUGGUGUAGCAAGCAAUAUUUGUCUGGAUCGUGCCCAGCUGACCUGUGUCCCAAAUAAUGAGACUUACUGUGCAAAAAUCGAUUCUGUUGCACUCUGAUCUCAUUUCAAGGGGGCUAAUCAUGUUGGCUGGCGUUGCAGCAAACCGCCAACCAUUCUCAAUACUGUUAAACGGUUUACAAAAAUAAUGAAUUAUUUGUCUCUCUCUGUAAAUAUAUACAUGUUAUACAUGUGCAUGCACACAAACAUCAGUUAAUCGGGGACGGACGGACUGCAAUACAAAACAAUAAAAUUCCUCAAAAAGCAAAAAACAAAACCCUGCAGCAUAUUUUGAAAACCUCUUAAGAUUCUCCUGCUGGUAAAGGCAUUCGAAGUAGGGUCCUCAUCGCUCUGUAUCAAGUAUGUUCUCCCGUUGGGUUUUAUUUGUAUUUUAACAUAGACAGAUUCUUUUUUUAAAAAAAAAAACCUUCUAAAAAUACUUUUGAAAAGAUGGAGACAUCCCCUUCCAGUUCGUAAUCCUAUUUUAUAGGUAAAGGUAAAGGUACCCCUGACCAUUAGGUCCAGUUGCGGAUGACUCUGGGGUUGCGGCGCUCAUCUCGCUUUACUGGCCGAGGGAGCAGGCGUUUGUCCGCAGACAACUUCUGGGUCAUGUGGUCAGAAUGACUAAGCCGCUUCUGGCGAACUGGAGCAGCGCAUGGAAACGCCGUUUACCUUCCUGCCAGAACGGUACCUAUUUAUCUACUUGCACUUUGACGUGCUUUCGAACUACCAGGUUGGCAGGAGCCGGGACUGAACAACGGGAGAUCACCCCGUUGUGCGGAUUUGAACCGCCAGCCUUCUGAUCGGCAAGCCCUAGGCUCUGUGGUUUAGACCACAGUGCCACCCGUGUCCCUGUCCUAUUUUAGAAUACUGCAAAAGAUGAUUUUUGUAGAUUUAUUUGUGCUUCCUGAAACGGUUGGUUUGUCUCUACGGCAGGAUAAGCUUUACUUGCUGGAAUUUAUUCAGUGCAUGGAUUAGCUGCAGUAAGCAGGGCUUUGCAAUGUGACCCCACGACCCCCUUGGGCAUCCUUACAACAUGUUGGGGGGGGGUGAUUCUCAGACCUAGGUUCCAACCCCCAUUCAGUGACGAAAAUCACGGGGUGACCUUGGGCCAGUCAUUCUCUCUCAACCACUCCUACGUCACGGGAGUUAUUGUGACCAUAAAAUGGGAUGCUUCUGCCUUGAACUCCUUCGAGGAAAGGUGGGCUGUAAAUGGAGUAAGUGAAUGAAUAACAUGAUCUGCCAAUAUAUAGCAUGUGAUGCUGUUUCAUAAAUUCAUCUUGCUACGUGUAUGCCAAUUACUCAUGCUGCAGGAAACCAGAGCCAGUCAUAGAUUUUCUCAGGAUCUUACAGUACAGAGAAUUAUUAUUAUUAUUAUUAUUAUUAUUAUUAUUAUUAUUUAUUAUUUAUACCCCGCCCAUCUGGCUGGGUUUCCCCAGCCACUUUGGGCGGCUUCCAAUUGAGUGUUAAAAACAAUACAGCAUUAAAUAUUAAAAACUUCCCUAAACAGGGCUGCCUUCAGACGUCUUUUAAAAAUAAGAUACAAUCAUACCUCGGGUUGAAGUAGCUUCAGGUUGAGCAUUUCGGGCUGCGCUCCGCAGCGACCCAGAAAUAACAGAACAUGUUACUUCUGGGUUUCGGCACUCGCACAUGCGCAGACACUCAAAAUGACGUCACGCACAUGCGCAGAAGCAGUGAAUCGUGACCCGUGCAUGCUCAGUUGCACAGACGCAGGUUGCGUUUGCUUCAGGAUGCAAACGGGGCUCCGGAACAUAUCCCGUUCGCAUCCAGAGGUACCAUUGUACAGUGGUACCUCGGGUUACAUACGCUUCAGGUUACAGACACUUCAGGUUACAGACUCCGCUAACCCAGAAAUAGUACCUCGGGUUAAGAACUUUGCUUCAGGAUGAGAACAGAAAUCAUGCUCCAACGGCCCAGCGGCAGCAGGAGACCCCAUUAGCUAAAGUGGUGCUUCAGGUUAAGAACAGUUUCAGGUUAAGAACAGACCUCCAGAACGAAUUAAGUACUUAACCCGAGGUACCACUGUAUCUGCUUAUUUCCUUGACAUCUGAUGAGAGGGCGUUCCACAGGGCAGGCGCCACUACCGAGAAGGCCCUCUCUCUGGUUCCCUGUAACCUCACUUCUUGCAGUGAGAGAAUUGCCAGAAGGCCCUCGGAGCUGGACCUCAGCGUCCGGGCAGAACAAUGGGGGUGGAGACGCUCUUCAGGUAUACAGAAAACAAUGCCCAUAUCCAUCUGUGGCAUUAAGUGCAUGAACAGGUACACCUUAAAUGUUCAAUGCAUUCUGCUGAAACUACAGGUUUUUUUAGUUUUAGUUCAGGUGUGGUGCCCUUUCCUCUUAUUUUUAUAUUACCUGUGGGCAGUCACAUCCAUUCUUUGAAGUGUAGCUGAUUAAGAGUUCGGUUUUCUCAGUUACUCAGAAGCACCGCUAAAAAAAUAAUAUUAUAUCCUUCUUGCUAUGAAAGUGGUCAAUCCACACAACCGUAUUCGCAAAUCUUUGAUCUUCUAAGUAAUUUAAUGAGAGGAUUUCAGGCUGGCCAAAAUCCAUACCAUUGUCGGCUAUGCGACAGGCAAAUGAUCCGAGGCAGUAAUUAGAUAAACAGCUGAAAACUGACAAUCAGGAGCCAAUGAGGGAAGAGAAAGGUAUUCAUUUCUCAUAUAUAUUUGAUUAGUGCUGCUGAAGAGAUAUGAGUGGUGAUGGUGAAUAAGGUUAAGACUCCUCCAGCUCUCCUCCUGUAGUAUUCUUGGUAUUCAAACACCGCAUAUAUCUAACUAAUGUCUCCUCAGUCAUACGUAUCAGUUCCUCUUCUCCAGAAUCCAUGAGUAAUGCCUGUGCAUUUUCUAAACCGAAAGCCUAGAUGCUGACAUCUCAAGCCUUGCUCCUACUUCCAAAGGGAACAUUCUUCUCCUUUUGUGCAUGCCUUUAAGUAGCUUUUUUUUUCCUUCAACCUGGUGCAUUCAUGAUAUUUUGGACUACAAAUCCCAUCAACCUCUGCCAGCAUGGCCAAUAGUUAGGGUGAUGGGCAUUGUAGUCCAACAACAUCUGGAGGGCACCAGGUAGAGAACGUCUGCUUGGAAGAAUAGGGUGAGCAUUCUUCUGCCCAGUUCCAUUAUCAUUACCGUGUGAGUAUCCCACAUAGCGGGUGGCGCUGUGGGUUAAACCACAGAGCCUAGGACUUGCCGAUCAGAAGGUUGGUGGUUCGAAUCCCCGCAACGGGGUGAGCUCCCAUUGCUCGGUCCCAGCUCCUGCCAACCUAGCAGUUCAAAAGCACGUCAAAGUGCAAGUAGAUAAAUAGGUACCACUCUGGCGGGAAGGUAAAUGGCGUUUCCAUGUGCUGCUCUGGUUCACCAGAAGCGGCUUAGUCAUGCUGGCCACAUGACCCGGAAGCUGUACGCCGGCUCCCUCAGCCAAUAAAGUGAGAUGAGCGCCGCAACCCCAGAGUCAGCCAUGACUGGACCUAAUGGUCAGGGGUCCCUUUACCUUUACCUAUCCCACAUAAGGAAAGGAGACAGGAAAGGAGGGUAAGGGGAGUGCACAGAUGACAGUAUAAAGAACAUAAAUUGCAGGUAAGCAAACUGUCCUCCCAUCUGGGUGUUCAUUUUUCUGGGCAGGCAAAACUGGGAGAUCUGGAAUGCCUAAGGAGCAGAGCAGUUUAUGGAUGACAGCCCUAUCAAGAAGAGCAUUUGUCUAUGCGUUUGAGUCCAAUGCACAGUGUUUCGCAGAUUUAGAUAGAUUUGAUCAAGCAGCCUUCCUCCAGAGCUCCAUGACUAGGACUGUUCUGGAGAAGGUAAAGUAAAUGUUUCAUGGUUGUUAAUGGAAUGUCCUCCAACGAGGCAAGGAGAGGUUGUUCUGCCAACUCACAGCAUGUGAUAGUGGAAACAAUCCAGUGGGAGGGAAGUCACUGAGGAGAAGUCAUUCAGGAGAAGUGUGAUGAACCUUUUAUGGCUCACCAUAACAAAUCAAUAGGGUUCUUCCCUGUCAUUGGAACGGUUCCAUCCUGUCAUAAGGCCCGGAGCCUAGGGUCUGGAGAGCAUGUUGAUUAUUAGAGCCAGGCAGGAGAACUGGAAGGAGAAGACUAAAUGAAAAAUAGAGAUGAUUUUAGGAACAGUGAACUAGAUGUCAAAACACUUUUCCCUGGUAGAUGCAGCGCUAUGGUGAGUAAGAGAGUCUGAAGCAUAGGUCACAUGUCCUCCUGGGAAAGGUGUUAGGUAUGAGCAACACUAACUUGAAAGGAAGGAGACAAAGGUUGCAGGUAGACAGAGGUUCAAAGUGUUUCCAUAUCAAUUGGAUAAGAACUAAGGACUAACUCCAAAGCAGACCCGAGCCUAUUACAGGGGACCUCAGGUUGCCAGGGCCUUUAAAGAAGCAUUUAACAAAUGGGUGCACAAACACACUGUGUCUUUCCCAAGGAGGCCAGAAUGCAAACCCCCCCAAAAAACCCAACACUGCUAAAGAGGGCAGGAGAGAAGAAUACAAAGACUUCCAGUGUGUACAAUGUGAACAUUCCCUCCAGCAUAUCCAGGCCAAAAACUAGGACUCGCAUCUUCUGGGUUGCACUCCUGCUCAAGUCAUGUGAUCCCCAUGAGAGUAUGGAGCCCCAAAAAUUGGGGGGGGGCGCAGUGCUGUCACACAUGAGCACAAAACCCCAAAAUUGGAUGGCCUGAUUUAAGGGGUAUCUGGCUCUUGAGGGGUAUGAUAGUCUAGGACAGAAUUCAGUCAAUGUGAUGGGACCCGGCAAGCAAAUGAGAAUGGGCCCCAUCACAAAACAUAGGAUUUUCCUGCUGAAGGCUUCCUGGUAUGAAGGCUGUCCAUCGGAAGAUUCCAUUAGGGCUAGAUCAGGGGUGGGUAACCUCAGGCCUGGGGGCCAAAUGCGAUCUUCCACGCUUCUGUAUCUGGCCCUCAGGAACCUCCAACGCCAUACCUCUUCCCAAGUUACAUCAUCUCUACCCAGGCUAUUCCCCUCACUGGCCCUGUUUUGUGCCCUCCUUGAGUUCCGAUAAUGGCUUUUAUUUGCCUGGAUGAAGGAUCUUGCUGUUCUAGCUUCUGGCUUAGCCCCUCAGUCCCUUCCUCCACCUCCUGGAAAAGCCCCCAAGAGCCGCGCGGAGCGUGUGUGUGGCUCUUGGGGGCUUUUUCCCAAGUCAGUGAUGGGCUGCCCUUCUCCCUCCUGGGGGAAAUGCCUGCAAGCGCCGCCACACACGCUCCACACAGCUCACGAAAGGGAGCGCUGAGCAGAGCCUGGGAUGCAUACAGGCUCUGCUCAGCGCUCCCUUUAAAGAAUUUUUUUUUCUUGCAUGCCCCCUCUAAAUACUAGGUGCGUCUUAUGGUCGGGUGCGUCUUAUGGAGCGAAAAAUACGGUGCGUAGAAGGUAGAAGAAUUGCUAGGUGAAGGAGAACCAUGACUGGCAUUGUCAUAUAUGGGGAAAACAUAUGUGGAGAGGUCUUCUUACGGAACCAGUUGGCAUCCCCCUAAACAGGUUGGCUAUUAUGGUUUGCUUCUUAAGUUUCUAGAAACAGUUUGUAAUAAACUACUAACAACCGUGAAAUGUUAAAGUCAGAAUUUGUCACCAGCAGCUGUGUUAUAUCUCCCUCGGGCUCCAGGAAUAUAAACAGAACAGAAAGGUGAUCUUCAGAAUAGGAGACAAACCUAGUUCUGUGACCAAACAUUGUGAUGUCCUAUUUGCGUGUAUCUAUUUGAAAACAUGUGCACUUGAAGUUAGAAAUGCAUGGCAAAAAUUUUCUUUAAGAUCCAUUUGAAAACCAUGCCUGAGAACCAGUGUUCAGCCUGCCAGAGGUGGUGGUGGUGGUGGUGGUGGCUCAGCUUGUGUUUCUGGAACAGCCUAUACCCCAUGUGGCACAGAAAAUCAUUUUCGCAGCUGCAGCUUUCAAAGGUUGUCUGUGUGAUGCAGCACAGAAAUCUGCUGUUCAAUGAAAAAAGGAUGGAGAAUCUCACCAGAUGUGUCCCGAGUCCUUGAUGUGCCUAAAGCAGCUCUUUCGGAUCCUGGCAAAGAAACAGGACCCCAAUUAAACUGAUCAAGACCUUUCAAGAUGAUGCCCUUUUUUGUUCAUUCAUUGUGCAGUGGUUUUUUCAAAUGCAGCAUGGGAUAAACGCCAUUCCGGAAGGCAACACUUGCAGUGCAGCAAAAUCACAUUUCUCCAGCACUGUAUGCUGCAGUUCUGACUUCAGAAAGUUUGUUAGAACAUAUCCACAGCAGGAGGAAGAAGAAACGCACUACAAAAUUAGGUAUAAAUUUACAGAAAUGAUACCUGGCAUUUUAUAGCCCUGUAACUUGCCUUAAAUUAUUCCUCAUACUGUAGAUGUCUACAGUGGAGCUGGUCCCUCCCUUGAUGAACCAUAACCUCUAGAUUUCACAUUUUAAAUACAACAGAUUUCUAGCAUUUGAAAAACCUGAGACAAAACGUACUCAUUUCUUCUUCUCAUUCUUUUUGAGAAAUUAGCCUUACAAAAUCUUAGAGACAAAGACUUAAUUGUGCAUCUUAUAACUGCAGCACGUCUUGCUGUUGCUAGACACUGGAGGUCAUUAAACGUGAACCUAUAUGAAGUUUGGUAUGCUUAUGUCUGGGAAUUAUUUUUGAUGGAAAAGUUAACAGAAACGGUACAUGAAAGAAAACAAUGUGAGAAACUACGUAACUUUUACAUAACGUGGUCCUCCUUUAUUACAUAUGCAUCAAAGACAGAACAUGCAUUUAAACCACCUAAGGCACAUGGGAGCAUGUGGAAUGAUAUUUUUUAAACCAGCAACUGUAGAAAUAAUUUUUUAUUUGAUUAUAUUACUAAUGUAAUUACCUGGACAUAGUUGGGGCUGGGUUUUUGGGGGGGGGGUUAGGGGAAAACUGUAUUUGAUUGCUUGUAUUUGAUUAUAUGUUGUUCUUAUAUUCAACUAAUAAAAUAUUCAAAAAAGAAAAGAAAAAGAAAUUAGCCUGCUCCCCCUUUUGUUUUGUUUUUAAUCUCCCCCUCCCCAAAACAUCCUUGCAGAAGCCCUUGUUAUUCCUUAAGGCACAAACCAUCUAUCAAAGACUGACUUGAUAAUUCUGCCUUGUCUGAUUUGAAUAUAAAAUGCCAAUUUAUCCAUGUACAUAACACCCUAUAAAUAUGGGCUUUCUGCUGUGUGGCCUCACCACCAGCUCCCUCCCUCUGGUAUGCACAAAGCACUUAGGGAAGAAGCAAAUUUGAUGGCAGUCUCACGAAGAUAAGAAAGAGCGGGAGCCUCUGCUGCUUAACAUUCUCCAAAGUGCUGUGCGAAUGAUAGAAAUUCCUGUUGCUAACUCUCUGCGUAUGUUGGAAGGCUUCGGGGAGAAGAAGGACUUUGUGCCAAUCUAACAUUCUCCAAAGUUCAGAGCAGAUGGGUUAAGACCUCAAGAUCUGAAAUUAUGCAGGAUUUCAGAACGGCCAUGAAAAAUAUGAAGAACGGAUCUCAGUACAACAAGUAAAAAAAAAUUAAAAUGUAACAAUGGUAGAUUUGUUCAAGCGGGUACUGUUCAGCCCUGUAUGUAGCAUUGCUAUAUUCUAAUCUAAAUCAUGGCUACAAUGUCAUGCUAAGUGGGCGAGAUGCAAUUUUGUUAAUCAUCUAGAUGGGCCGUUUAGGGUGUGGAUUGCUCGACUGAAUAGGGGCUUCCAAUUGUGCUCCAUUGGCUUUUCACAGAGAUGUUUUCCCUGCAUCCAUAAUACAUAGGCUAUUAAGACUACAUAAUAAUACAGCUACUAUUGAGCUGCGUAGUUGCGUAACAAGAUCUUGCCGCAGAAUAAAAGCUCACAGUUUGAGAAGAUUUUCCAUCUGCAUUGGCAACUGCUCAGUUUCCUAUUUAUCUUUUAUAAGACUCUGCGGGUUUGAAACUUAAGGCCCCUUUAAAACAUUAAUUUUUUAAUGGCCGUUGAAUGGGGAGUAGUUCGUUGACUUCACUCCUCAAAAAUCUAGAACCCCGUGUAAGAAUCCAUCUUGUCCAAAUUUGCACAGGUUCCAAUCUAUGGAUUCUCCAAGUGGUGGCAUUGCAUAUAAAGUUGCCAGGUUCAGCCUCUAAGAGGACUUCUGUGUCUUUACGAGUUACACAGAGGGAAGGGAGAACGUCAUCAAGUGUGGCUUCUCUCUUUGUUGCCGCACCUGGCUGAAUUGUCUCGUCUGUACAUCUCUUAAAGAAUCACCCUCAGGAGCUGGGCCUGGCAGUUUCUAAUUCUGCAUGUCUUGUGCCUGUUUUGCAGUACCUGAGGACCAGUGCAAAUGGAAAUGCUUCGCAUCCAUAACUCUGGAUAUGAAACUGAGAACAGGCUGUGGGAUUGCACGCUUGUUUCCCACACUCCUUCUAAGUCUUUUCAGCUACUCAGUUAAUUUAGAGACCUGAUUAGCCCUAAUCCGUUAUUAACACCAUCAGGGACAUCAAUGACCUAUCCAGCAUUCAUAGUGUUACUGGCCACCCCAAUUGCUGCUGGGCAGUAGCAGGAUUCCAGGGGUCUUGGCACAUAACCAGGGUUUGUGUUUCUUGUGGAAAAUGAGGCACAGUGGAGACUCAUGUGUUUGUGAAAUGUGGUUUAUUUUACACUACAGUCAUACCUUGGGUUGAAUUAGCUUCAAGUUAAGUAUUUUCGAGCUGUGCUCUGCGGCGACCCGGAAGUAAUGGAGUGUGUUACUUUUGGGUUUCGCCGCAUGCGCAGACACUCAAAAUGACGUCAUGCGCAUGCGCAGAAGCGGUGAAACAAGACCCGCGCACGCGCAGACACACAGUCGCGUCUUACAUUUACUUCAGGAUGUGAACGGGGCUCCGGAAUGGAUCCUGUUCGUAUCCAGAGGUACCACUGUAUUUAGAACCUGAAUCUUGACACAGAGAGAGAGAGUUCGCAACAUUUACAUCUCCAGAGGGGCUUGUCCUUCCCAGCAGGGCAACAUUGGAUCAAGAGGCAUCCUAAGCACCAUCGCUGUAUCGUGCUGUAACAGCCUGCUCCAACCAGCCAGCAUUUCUGCCGCCCUUCAGUCUCUGCAUGGAGCUCUUCCUGCUCCUUCUUCCCAGAAAAUCCCUGCUCCCCAAACCUCUGUUGUGAAAGGACACCCUCUUUUCCUGGGGUGGUAUCAUGCCCCUUGUGACCCUGACAACCUGCCCCUCUCAAUUCUUCUGUUUCUGUCCACUUCUCAGCUGCGGGAAGAACAGCGCCUGCAUGAGCAAUCGUUCUUAAUGGCCCGGUACUUACGUUUUUUGUGUGUUUUUCAUAAGGGCAUCGCUAUCAGCAAUCUCCUGAACAGGAGAACUGGUUCAGCCUGUAUUUUUCACAGGCCUGGCAUAUUCCCUUCAUAUUCCAAAAAGCAGCUAAAUUUUACCCUAGCUGGAUUAGCUCAGUUGGUGGAGAACCAGACUCUUAAUUCUCUGGGUUUUGACCCCCAUGUUGGGCAAAAUAUUCCUGCGGUCCCUUCCAACUUGACAAUUCUAUGGUUCUAGAUAAAGGUAAAGGGACCCCUGACCAUUAGGUCCAGCCGUGGCCGACUCUGGGGUUGCGGCGCUCAUCUCGCUUUACUGGCCGAGGGAGCUGGCGUACAGCUUCCAGGUCAUGUGGCCAGCAUGACUAAGCCGCUUCUGGCGAACCAGAGCGGCACACGGAAACGCAGAGCGGUACCUAUUUAUCUACUUGCAUUUUGACGUGCUUUCAAACUGCUAGGUUGGCAGGAGCAGGGACCGAGCAACGGGAGCUCACCCCGUCGCGGGGAUUCGAACCGCCAACCUUCUGAUCGGCAAGUCCUAGGCUCUGUGGUUUAACCCACAAUGCCACCCGCGUCUAUGGUUCUAUGACCCUUUAUUAAACUUAUGUAUAUGGAGAGUCUGCACCGCCCCGCCCCCUAAUUCAUAACAAUGCAAAUGUACGAGCACUCAAACCAUAAAGCGAGCACAGGGACAUUGGCUGCCAGCUCUGUCCCCGACAUCCCUGCCUACACAACAGUGCCCAUCCCCUCCUCUUGGACGUAGCCAAGGGGGGGCAGGUAGGGGUAGCUGCCCUCCCUAAAUCAAUAAAAAAUACAGAGAUUAACUGAGGUUCUGCCCCCCCCAACAAAAAGCCUGCCCCCCCAAAAAAAUUCUGGCUAUGCCCAUGCCUCUCCAGUCCAAAAAAGGGGUGGCAUCAGGCUUAUGUCACCAAUGAGCAAGACAGAAAGAGGAAGAGUCUCAACAUGUCGGAUGAAUGGGCUUAGACUCUCCCGUCACACCUUUUGUCGUCUGUAGUGGAAGCACAUACUUCAUGCAGGAAUAAGCACAUGUCCUGAUGCCCUCCAGACAUUGUGGGAUACAAACCACAUCAGCACCAGCAAUCAUGCCCAUUCCAUAGCCCAUUCCUGAGCAACAGCCUCUGGUUAAUGAAUGAGAAGCAGUCCACAAUUGAUUGGGCCUGCAGUAAUAUCCAAAUGAGCCAAGAAUCUUCCAUGCUACACAGAAUAUGGAUACCCGAAGAGCAACUGAGAAGGAGCUCUCUAACGACCGAUAGCCGCUUUUGCAAUCUGCAUGAUCUUUCUGCUUUUGUGGUUCAUAGGGAUUUAGUCUUUGCGUAUUCCCAACAACCAAAGACCAAAUUAAUUAUGCAUUUUCACAGAUUGUGUAUUUUCACCAGCUUUCAGUUAUUUGUAUAGCAGGGGUAGCAAACAUAGUGUACUCCAGAUGCAGCCAUCGUUCCAGACCCUUGGCCAGACCGACUGAGCCUGAUGGGACUUGGAAUCCAACAACGUCUGUAUAGCACCAUGCCAGACCCUCUAAGUGUCCCUGUUUUCCAAGGAAAGUCCCCAGAUAUACAUAAGCCGUCCCAGUUUCUGAUUUGAUCCUGGAACGUCCUGCUUUUCCUCAGAGCAUUCCUAUUUUCAUGGGAGAAAUGUUGGAGGGUAUGGUAGGGUGUCCCAUCUGAAGGCAGCCCUGGUAUACAGAAGUUUUUUAACGUUUAAUGUUUUUAUAUAAGUUUUAUAUAAUGUUUUAUAUAAGUCAAAUGGGUGGGGUAGAAAUAAUAAAAUUAUUGUCAUUAUUAUUCUGGGAUAGGAUGUCCCCAUUUUCAUCAGAGAAAUGUUGGAGUAUGCCAUGCCGACUACCCCUGCUGUAUAAUAUACUACACAAUAGCUGCCUGCAGCCUCUGUUUGUCAGAGAGCACUGCAAGGACUGUUAAUAUAUUACUUGCAAUGCUUCCUAAGGGAAGAGAGGUAUUUGGAUGGACUUCAUGUGAGUUCAAUGAAUCCAUAUACAUACACAAUGGAGAUAAAGCAGGGUUAGCUAAUCUGUUUUAUUGGACUAAUAGUACAAUUGUGCAGACUAUUAAGUUUCAAAGUUCUCUGCAGGACCAUAGUGGACAAAGCAAAUAUACUAAGAACUAAACUAUUCUGAUAGGCCCAGGGCAAAUACUCUUUUAUGCAUCUGUGUUCUGGUUUAUUGACUUGGAAUCAUAAGGCACCAGGUUUGAGCCCGCGUGCAAGUAAAAGUUGUUUCCUGUAACAAAUAGGAUAAUUUUGCUAAUGCAAUGUGCUGGGGGUAGGGGCAUCUUGACCGGGGCUCCUAGCAGUCAGACACCAAACGUUGUCUUCUGUGUCACCAGCACUGUCUUCUGUCUGCAAGCCUUGCAGGCUGAAUGUUGGCUUCAAAAGGCCAUCUAGGUUUCAGUAGCUGCCUUCCUGAAUGUCCAGUCAGUUGACGCCAUGGGAUAGGAAGAGCUCGAUAGGGUUUGUUUUGUAGAUAUGGAAUGGGCCAGCUUCCCAGCUCUCCAAUGAAGCUCAGAGGGGCUUCCAAACGAAACUUUAUAGGCACUCAGUCUGAAUGUGCAAAGGGGAAAGGCACAAGGUAAACUUUCCUCCUCAAUGAUGCUAUGCACCAGGUACACCCCUGACCAAUGCAUAAUCAACUUUAGAAUGAAGGGAGCUGCUUCACCUGCACAUUAGGGUUGGGCGAUAUAUUGAUAUAUCAUCCUAAACAGGUUCAAAGUCCAUAUCAUGAUAUCAUUUUCAUAAUUUCUGACCUGGAAAUAUAUUGCAAAUCAUGAUUGUGUUAGGGCUGGGCCAUAUAUCGUCCUAAACUGGUUCAAAGUCCAUAUUUCAUACUUUUUUAUCUGGCCUAUUUUGCAAAUUAGGGUGGGUAGGUGCUAUGCCACAAUGUUAAAAACCAGCGAAACUGCACACAGGGUUUUCCUCAUUGUUGAAGGUUCCCAUUCCCAUGUUGGAAACUCUAUGCACCAAUUAGCUUCAGCAGGGAAGGGCAUUCAAGAGCAUCACUGAGGGUGAAGGGCUGAUGGUUCCCACUUGCCAUUUCACACAUUCAGCUGAAUGCACAAGGAGUGCUUAAGAGCUAAGUGUAUUAUUAGUAAUAUUAUUAUCAGAAUUAGAAUUUGUAAACCGCCCUAUACCCAGAGGUCUCAGGACGGUUCACAGAACGAAAUCAAAAUAUAAAACCACAAAAUACAUAAUCAAAAUGAAAACAAUAACACCCCCAAGUGUAUAGAAUUGCAACUAUACAGCGAAGCAGAAUAAAGCAAAGCAGAAUGAAGCGAAGUUGUUUUAAGUCCUUCAACGUAAACCCAGCUGAGAGCAGCAGGACUUGAGGAAUCUAUUAUCACAGAACAAGGAGACCCUGUCCCCUCCAGAGAUGCCUCUCAUUUUACUGUCAUCAAAGAACAAUUUGUGAAGGAGGAGGGGGAGAAUAACAAUGCGACAUCACAAUCCGAAAGGCCGGAUGGUGGAGAAGAAUGAACAUUUCCCCUGUCCAUUGCAUCCAUAGCACAAAAAAAGUAUUUUGGAGACUUAUGCAUGCUAAGUGAAAUACCGUUAUUAUACUGUAGUUGCUCAAUGUUAUGUAGGGGAAAUAAAUUUUAUUGCAAUAAUAAUAAUAAUAAUAAUAAUAAUAAUAAUAAUAAUUUAUUAUUUAUACCCCGCCCAUCUGGCUGGGCUUCCCCGGCCACUCUGGGUGGCUUCCAAAAGAAUAUUAAAAUAAUAUAAUACAUCAAACAUUAAAAGCUUCCCGAAACAGGGCUGCCUUCAGAUGUCUUCUAAAAGCCUGGUAGUUGUUGUUCUCUUUGACAUCUGGUGGGAGGGUGUUCCACAGGGAAGGCGCCACUACCGAGAAGGCCCUCUGCCUGGUUCCCUGUAACUUGGCUUCUCGCAGUGAGGGAACCGCCAGAAGGCCCUCGGUGCUGGACCUCAGCGUCCGGGUAGAACGAUGGGGGUGGAGACGCUCCUUCAGAUAUACUGGACCAAGGCCGUUUAGGGCUUUAAAGGUCAGCACCAACACUUUGAAUUGUGCUCGGAAACGUACUGGGAGCCAAUGUAGGUCUUUCAAGACCGGUGUUAUGUGGUCUCUGCGGCCGCUCCCAGUCACCAGUCUAGCUGCCGCAUUCUGGAUUAGUUGUAGUUUCCGGGUCACCUUCAAAGGUAGCCCCACGUACAGCGCAUUGCAGUAAUCCAAGCGGGAGAUAACCAGAGCAUGCACCACUCUGGCGAGGCAGUCCGCAGGCAGAUAGGGUCUCAGCCUGCGUACCAGAUGGAGCUGGUAAACAGCUGCCCUGGACACAGAUUUGACCUGUGCCUCCAUGGACAGCUGUGAGUCCAAAAUGACUCCCAGGCUGCGCACCUGGUCCUUCAGGGGCACAGUUACCCCAUUCAGGAGCAGGGAAUCCUCCACACCUGCCCGCCUCCUGUCCCCCCAAAACAGUACUUCUGUCUUGUCAGGAUUCAACCUCAAUCUGUUAGCCGCCAUCCAACCUCCAACCGCCUCCAGGCACUCACACAGGACCUUCACUGCCUUCACUGGUUCUGAUUUGAAAGAGAGGUAGAGCUGGGUAUCAUCCGCAUACUGAUGAACACCCAGCCCAAGACAGGGACUCAAGAUAAAUAAAUAAAUAAAUGUAACAGGAAUAUGUAAGAGUAUGUUCUGACACGUUAAAAGAAUAAGCCACAUACAAAGAGAACAAGAAAAACGAGCCACAGGAAAUUGCACAUUAGGAUAUGCGUGACUCUGCAAUGGGUUCAAUGAAGUUACACAAGUGUUUUAAGGAACUUCAAGUGUUUAAUGAGUCAUUCACAAGCAACAGUAUAUUCACCUGCCAGCUGGAUUUGGGUGCUGGUUCCUUUAAAUGACUGGAUUACAUUUUUAUUUUUACAUUAAUUCAAUACCAUUUUAAUACUGUAUGUUAAUACACCAUGGGAACCUCUUGAGUUAGUCAGUAAGAUGCCAGUUUUAGAAAUAAAUAAAUGAAAUAUUGUUGAAAAGUUGGCAAUCCUCUUAACCCUUAUUUCUGGAUGUAAGAGCAUUCCCAAAUUCUUUAAUCUGGAAUAAAACAGACUAGGGACUCAGCUACAUUACUAAAAAAAAAAAUCCAGCGCUUUGAAUGUGUUAUGAACAUAGAAAACCAGGUAGCAUCAGAGAGCAAGGAAUGUUUCUUUGCAAUGUUACAUAGCAUGUUGUUGUUUUUGUGUCAUAACAAUUUAAUUUCUGAUUUAUUUAUAGUGUUCCCCCCCCCUGUGUGUAGAUCCACCCUAGUAUGGGAUGAGAAGAAAUUGCUGAAAAAAGCAUAUGUCAAUGCUUCAUUAAUUCAGUGAACAAAGUCAGUUAACCUGAUGAUACAAUAAUGCAAAUAGAGUACUGGGGAUUCUGCUUCCUAUUUGUCGCUGCUGGCACAAUCUCAAGAUUAAAAUGAUUUGCCAGGUUUUACCAAAGAUUAAUACAAUCAUAGUGUCUAAGGCUGCAGCCCUAUAGUCACCUUCCUGGGAGCACGUCUCAUUCAAUGGACAUGUUGCGGAGCAUAAUUUUGUCAUCGUUACUCACACUUUCACAUGUGUUCAGCCAUAAGUCCAUUCCAUUCUAUCCCCACAUUCGUCUGCAAAUUUUUAAAUUGCUUUAGCUUUUAAACACCUGCUGAAAACUUUUCUAUUCUGCCACGCUUAUCCAGGCAAUAAAGAAUAAAUCUCUCCACAAUGGUUAAUCAAUGUCUGUUUUUAACUUUUUAAUAUGGUUUUACAAUGUGGUUUUAAGUAUUCUUGUCAGAAUAUAUUUUAUCCCAAAAUAAGCAUUUUAAAAGUUGUUUUCAUAAUGUUUUGGGCAAAGAACUAUUGCAGUAGAAGUAACCCGCAACUUAAGUGCAUUUAACUUGUGCACAUUCAGCUUUACAGGCUUGGCAAAAAAAGGGAAGAAAAUCAAAAAGGAAAAAAGACUUUAGCAAUCCCACCUGCCAUUGAACCCAAUGUGUUAUGACAAUACCUGGUUUUGGCUUUAGGCACUAUGCCCAGAACAUAACCCCAGCAUAAGUCGAGAGUCACCUGUAUUCAGGAAAAGUCUGAUGGAGAACUAUUUUUCAGUUCAUACAUUAGCUGAGGAGGUUGGGGGCUGGGUCAGUUCAAUUUGCAAUGUAUGAAUUCCUCAAGCAUCCUCAAACUGGUGUUGUGGAAGUUAUGCAACCUGGUGUUAUUGAAGCAACUGAAGGUAAUGUAAUACAGGAAACAGUAGCAUGAUCAGAUAUGACAUUCAUCAAGGAGUGGAGUGGGGUUGGGGAUCAGAAAAUGCAACCUUGUGGAUUCCUUAAGAAAAGACACAAGGGCCCCUAUUUUGAUUUCUGAUAGGGCUCUUAACAGCCCCCUGGUGCACAAGCAGUUAGUGAGACAAGCUUUUUCUGGCAUAGAGAUAUUUUAAAAAGGAGAAAUUCACCUGUUUAAAAAGCGUUUGGUUUUCUAGCAGCUGUUAGAGAGGCAAAAUGCAUGGGCAGGGGAGAAAUGGACUUAUAAUGAAACCAGGCUAAUGACACUUAGCCUGAGAGCAACAUCAAUACACAUGCGUCUGUUGACAUUGUGUCAUUCAAGCCAAGUUGGAUGUGAGCACUGUCUACCAGUUUAGCUAAGUUCAAGGUGCUGGUGGUAUACAAAGCCCUAUACAGCUUUGGACAAGGUUAUCUAAAAGAUCAUCUUACGCCUUAUAUAUCCAAGGGGUUACUCUACUCCGCAGGAGACGGUCUCCUGAAGAUAGCAUCUUAUAAAAAGGUCCACUCUGUAGAAUGGAGAAACUGAGCCUACAUUUUGGAACAUCUUCCCAUGACAUACCAUGUUUUUAAAUGCCUGUCUGUUUGUGGGUUUUGGUAAAGGGUUUUGUUUUUUGUUGAUAAAGGCUUUUUAAAUCAACAGAUAACAACAAAUGAAUAUCCAAAGAUGAAAAACUGUAAAAUAGGCAUGAGUUGCAUGUGAGUUAAAAUAACAAACUCCAAGUGAAGACUAUUGGUGUUAUCAGAUCAUCAAGUAUAGCUUCAGAUUUGCCAUUAGGGUUGGCUUGAAAAUGGCGGCUCCCCUUUAUAUGUCACAAAAGAAUGCCCAAUUGUAUAAAAAGUGUCUUAUUGAAAUCUCAAAUAACGGGUGAUUUUCUCUGCUAUGGCUAUAUCCCAGAGUGAGUGCUAUCAAGCAUCCAGCGCAAGAUUUUGGGCUGUUUUCCACUGAGUCGCAAUUACUCUUUGUGCUGCCAAUAUCAUAUAUAUUCUUUUGACAAUGUACCUGCAUUGGCAUCAUCCGAAAUAUUCAGUAACAUUAAUUUUGGACAACAAGCAAGUUUCUUUAGUAAUACUUCCCAACUUUGUCCAAAUUAAAAUUCCAAAAAUCCCUAUUUUCUUCUGAGAAAUGUUGGAGGGUUUGGAGUUAUCCCACCUCCAUGCCAUCUGAAGGCAGCCCUGUAUGGGGAGGUUGCUUUAAAUGUUUUAUUGUAUUAUUAAUUAUGUUGGGAGCUGCCCAGAGUGGCUGGAGCAACUGGCGGGUAUGUCCCCAUGCUUAUACAGUGGUGCCCCGCAAGACGAAUGCCUCGCAAGACGGAAAACCCGCUAGACGAAAGGGUUUUCCGUUUUGGAGGUGCUUCGCAGGACGAAUUCUCCUAUGGGCUUGCUUCGCAAGACGAAAAUGUCUUGCGAGUCUAGAGAUUUUUUCGCUUUCCCCCCCCUUUAUCUAAUCUGCUAAGCCUUUAAUAGCCUUUAAUAGCCUUUUAGCAGCUAAUCCACUAAGCCUUUAAGCCUUUAAUAGCCGCUAAACCGCUAAUAGCGCUAAUCCGUUAAGCCGCUAAUAGGGUUGCUUCGCAAGACGAAAAAACCGCUAGACGAAGACUCUCGCGGAACGGAUUAAUUUCGUCUUGCGAGGCACCACUGUAUUGUGGAAGUGCUUUGAGGUGUUUCACCGGAAGCAAUCCAGAAAUGGAACUAGGCUUCCCACAUGUCAGGCAAUUCCUGGUUUUCAUGUGUAAACACAGUGUCAGGGGGGGAAACCUGGAAGUUGAAAAUCACAAUUUUGGCGGGAGGUUUGGGUUUGUACCCAAUUUUGGUGGUGCUUUCCUUUAAAAAAAAAAAACAGCUCAUCAACUUUGUUGGCACCCUUCAAAAAGGAAACUUUGCAGGUGUCUGGAACUUUACUUUUGGAAAUACGGCAACCCUAAACCGAACGAAAUAAGCAGCUAGGGUUGCCGGAUUUCAAAAAGUAAAAACCAGGUCACCCCAAAAGUUGUUGAGGGUUUUUUUUCUUUUUGGGAAGACCACCCAACAUGGUUGAGUUGUUGUUUUUUCUGGAAACCCCCAAAACGGCUGUGCUUUAGUUUCUUUCUAGGAAACCCCUGAAAGCUUUCGAGCUUUUAUUUAUUUAUUUUUAGACCCACCCCCAAGAACUUGUUGAGCACUUUUCUUUUCUUUUCCCCUCAAAAGCGGCAUCCCCCUCCUCAAAAAAAAAAAAGGCGGGAAAAUACUAACGAAGGCCUUUCCCCUCACGAGGCCUUUCCUCAGCCAACGGGGACAGCUCGCCCCCCCCCCCGCCCCCCGCCAACCGCCGCCUUCUGGAAUGUUCUCGCGCGGGGAAUACCCGACAUGCCCCGCGCUACCGCGCUCUUCCCGGGCACGUUUUGGGCCACCGGCUCCCUCUCAGAGGAGCUCGUCGGGCCGGUUUCCUUUCUUCUUCCUCCUCCUCCUUCCCUCCAGCCUCGCCGGGACUCGCUCUGCGGGUUGAGAAUGGGACGGGCCUUCGCCGGGGCUUUCCCUCCCUUUCUCCUCCUCGGUGGCGAACGGAGACCGGUCGAAACUCGCUCAGGUUAGCGAGGCUGAGGCGCGCGCGGGGCGGUGGGGGGGGCGGGGCUGCGAAACUUCUCCUCCUCCUCUCUCUUUCUCUCCUUCUUUCUUUUCUUCCUCGGAGGAUGCGGAGCGCCGUGAGGUGACAGGAAGCAGGGAGGAGGGGAAGAGGGCGAAAGUUUCUAGCCCCCGCCAGGAGUGGGUUGGCCGUGAGGGGAAAAGGGGGAAACGGGAGUCCGGCUUCCCCUUUCCGAAUGGUGCUCCUCCUCAUGACUGACCUCCAGCACGACGGGGCCGCCGCUAAAAAGGAAAAAGCUGCCUUGACCCAGUAAGUAGCCUUUCCUCACCACCACGUAGCUGCAGCCACCUGUUCCCGUCGCCAGGCUGGCCAUCUUUUCCCAGAGGACGCUUCGGACGGCCGCUCAAAAUAAGUCUCUCCAAGUUGGACCCCUGGGGGGGAAAGGGGGACAUGUGGGGGGUCGGGGGGACAUUCGGGGGGGGGAGGACACAUGGCCACCCUGUCACAAGGGGAUGUGCGCUUUCUUUUGGGGGGGGGAGAAACCUUGGGGGGGGGGCUUUAUGGAAAAGUUCUUUAAAAAAACAAACCCAUAUGCAAAUACUUUGCCAUUAGCAAUAGCUUUGAUGAAUCAUGGUCGACCAUUAAAACAACCCCCCCUGCAUGGUGGUGUAUUUUAGGUAGCUCUCUUUUUUUGCGAUUUUGCAACAACUUUGCGCAAAACAUAACUAAAAACAGCUCAACAACUCUGCCCCCCACCCCCCAAAAAGGAAAAAGGUCAAUGACUCCGGGCAAAACUAAUAAACGCCCCCCCCCCCCCGCCAAAAGCUCAACAAUUUGCCAACUUUUCUGUCCGGAUUUUCACUGUUUGAAAUAUGGCAACCCUGUCUAUGAUUAUCCUUUAAUGCUGUGUAUUUUAACACUCCUUCUAUAUGUGUAUGUACACACACACACACAUACAUCCUGAGUUAUUAGCCUUAAUGCGUCUCUACUGUUGCUGAUAUUUCAAAUGCUGCUCACAUUUUUGUGCUAUUCUAAUGGCUCUUCAGAUGUUCUGCAAAAGCAUUCCAAUCCUCAGACAAGUUUUCUGCGGACUACUCUGCCACUUGUCUGACUUGACGUUUGUGUUCUUUGUACAGAAGUAACUUCUCAGAACUAAGCCACAGCGCUCUCAUGCUGGUUUUGCCAGUGUUUGUGGGAAUUGGUUGUCGUGGCAAUUUUUGUUCAUGUUUAUAUUUAACUCGUUUGGGGGCCACAGCCCUGUCUGGCUAUUUGUGUAGUUCAAAAGGUUGCCCAAAUUGGUUAGUACAGAGUGGUUUUGAUUUGUCACAGCAAUGAAAUGGGAUGUGGUGCUCUCCCCCAAAGAGGCUGCAGCAAGAUGGUUUAGGUGGUUUGAUGACUGCAACAGUGGUGCUCCUAGCUUGUAGUGGGAUGGCGUGUAAAAGUCCAUUAUGCUAAGUUUGGUUCAGUCUGUUGCCACAUGUUAUGUACAUAAAUCAGUAACUUUUCACUGGAUAGUUCAUUGCAAAUUGGCUCCAUCAUAAGCACUGUACAUAUUUACCAGGUGAUAAGCAUUCAGACUGUGGCUUGAUUUAUGAUCCAUCUCACACGUUUGCCAGUCGCCACUUAACACUUAGUAAUAAAUAGACACAAACGUGCUGUUCCUUGGUCUGUUUCUCACAUAGAGAACUGAGGCUUGGAUUGGGUUGGGUGGCAUCGUAGGGAUUUGUUUUAUAUUCGGACAUAUAGGUGAACACAGCAUAAGAAAGCUAAACUAUACAAAGCUCUGGGUAGGUAGGUAGUAUGGCAGCUUGAAUUGAUGCAACAGGAUGCCUCGUUUAUUUGGACACUGAUUUAAAACUGACAGCGAAGGAAAUACGUGUGUAGACAUGUCCUAGAUAGUUGACGUUCAUGUCAAUGGCUAAUUCAGCUAUAAUUAAGUUAUGAAUUAAAUCUUGCAUUCUCCGUAGGAUUUCUACCCAGUUGUAAGAUGUAAUUUUCUAAAUCAUCGACAGAGCUUAAUUUGAGAUAUGGCACUGGCUGGGAUUCAGGAUUGUCUGGAAUCUGCCUUCUGCUUUGGUUGCUACUCCUCUACUUGGCAUGUUCAGUAGAGGCAUUUGAUAAAUUCGCCCUUUCCUGGCUAAGUUCUGCCAUUAAAAACAGCUUAACAGUUUCUACAUUUAAUUUUGUUUAAAAAGACACACACAGUUUCUAUGCUGUAUGUGUGCUCUUGUUUUAGAUAGCCCCAAACACAUUGUCUGGCAGCAGAGGCUUGUAUCUAGAAGAGGCAAAUAAAAUAGACUUGCACACUUCCAUUCCAUUUGCCAGGCAACCCAAGGAAAAGUCUCUUUGGUACAACUCGUGUUUGGCACCUUAGUCUGCAAGGCUUAAGUCAAACACUUGUCUGGCAACCUUCAGGAUAGGAUUUGAGGGACUGGUAGAAACCUGCCUUGAGAGAGCCUUUGAGUAUUGCUUGUGAUGUUGUGGUGGGCAUCCUGCAAGAGUGCUAAAGAGUAAUUCAGGGGGAGAGACCAGCUACUGAUGCAGGGACAAUGGGGCAAAACACCCCCACUGCACCCAGUGCUGUUUGCAGCAGGAUCUUGGAUUGUGUUUUCCAAAGAACUACCAUGUGUUAUUUCUUUUAAUGGAGGUAGUUCAAAUUAAUAGGUCAGUGUUUGUAUCCUGUACACACACACACACACACACACACACAAAUAUCCUACACACACACACACACACACACAAAUUGAAAUGGUGAAAUAAUCAAUAUAAUUGAUUAUUGGGGGGGCUCCACCCCCAUCAUUCAGCCCGAACACUGAGGUCCACCUCCAAAGGUCUUCUGGCAGUUCCCUCACCGCAAGAAGUGAAGUUAUAGGGAACCAGGCAGAGGACCUUCUCGACAGUGGCACCCACCUUGUGUAAUGCCCUCCCAUCAGAUGUCAAAGGGAUAAAGAACUACACAACUUUUAGAAGACAUCUGAAGGCAGCCCUGUAAUGUUUAAUGUUUUAUUAUGUUUUUAUAGUUUGCUGGAAGCUGCCUAGAGUGGCCGGGGAAACAAAGCCAGAUGGGUGGGGUAUUCCAUUAUUAUUAUUAUUAUUAUUAUUAUUAUUAUUUGCACCGGGGUCAGUUGAUGGGCUUAGUAGUGCCAGUGUAUUAAGAUUCUAAUACUCACAGCACAAAUAUAUCUCAUCAAGCACUAGAUGGGAGCCACUGAGAUAGAUUUCGGAGACACGAAAUUUAAAGAGCUUGUGUGUAGAAGAAGGUGCACAAAUGCAUGCGCAGAUGGAAACAGUAGCUCGCAUAUGCAUGAAUGCCCUAUGCGAACACAGGCUAUAAGCAGCCUAUAAAGGAGCAACCACAAAAUGUAAGAGGGCCCAUCCAUCUCUAGCUCCCCUGUAAUUCAAGCCCUGAACAUUAGUGGAUCUUGAUAGGCAGCCAGAAUAAGUGAAGCAGUGUAGAUCUGGAGACCAAUUGCCCUUCUUACAAAGGGAGACGUGGUAGAAAGAUCCUUGCAGGGCGGGGAGAUAUAGGGUCCUUGGAUGUAGAUGGGGCCAAAUGGUGCAUCCCUAUACCUUUCUAGACAUCAAGUGGGGCAUCAGCACUUCCAGGUUUUCUAAGAAGAUAACUUCAAAAUGGAGUUUGGUAGAGGAUCACAUCUGUCAAUUUCUGUCCCCUGUUUACUCUGUUGUUCAAGCAUGCACUAGAUUAGUGGUGAUGGUGAAAGAGCCAGAAGGUUCAUAGCUUACUGCUCUGCCUUUUAUCUUCUUUUAUCUAGCUCUUGUCAUUUCCUCCUCUAUCCGGAUAAAACCUGUCAUGUAGAAGACUUCCAUUUGUCUGAAAAAAGCUCUUAAAGAGUAUGAAUGCCUAACAUAUUUGUCUCAAGAAACUUAACCGUGUAAAAAAACCUGUCACUUGAAGGUCAGUUUCUCUCUGCGAAUGUGAAGAACUUCAAAGCUUCUUGUAAAUUUAGUGGCUUGCCCUGCUGCUGCUGCUGCUGCUGCUGUUGUUGUUGUUGUAGUAACAUAUGGUCAAUCAUGUUAGGCUUCCACCUCUGUGUCCAGUCCAGAUGAGGUUACAGCCUCAGGUGGGGAGAGGUAGGCGUUUAAACUCUAAAUACAGCAAAUCAUGCCUCACACUAGAGAUCACCAGUUUAAUUCCAGGUGUCAUCUAAAGUGGCAGGUGUUUACUUGCAGGCUGUGUUCCUCCUAUAUUUCUCCUGGCAGGUUGUGCGGAGAACUACAUACACAACUAAGCUUUUAUGUCGCCUUGGAGCAAAUAAUAAUAAUAAUAUUAAACAUGCUGCUGUCAAUUUGUAGUUUGAUCAGCGCUUGGCACAUUCUGUAGUGAUGGCCCACUUAGGCUGCAAUCCUAGGCACAGUUAGCUGAGAGUAGCAAUGGAAGGAUCUGUCAAUUUCAGUUUAUCAUUUUUCGAACCUUAAAUUCAGUUCUGUAUAUUUCUGCAGCAAUUUGCGAACUUCCUUUUUUAAACUCCUCAUGCAAAUUCUUCGUGUUUUUAGUGUGAAUUUAUCCUAAUAAACACAUUUUUGUAUGCAGUUUUGACUAAUGUACACAUUUUUGCCAUCAAUUUCUCCAAAUAUAUGUUAUUUUCACUAAUAUAUUCAUUUCUGUGCACAAUUUCUCCUAAUAUUGCAUGGAGGGAAUGGAGAACUGGAUUGCAAAAUUUAGAUAAGUGCAAAUUUUGAAAGAUGGCUAUGUUUUAGUUCUUGUAUUGCUUUGGAAAGUGGGAAUUUGAUAUAUUCGGCUUUAAACGUGAACUGAUUUGAAUUUCUCCCUGAUCCCUAACUUUGAGGAAAUCCUACUGAAUUCAGUGAGGCUUAACCUCUAAGUAGGUGCACACAGGAUUGCACUGUUAGACAACAUGUACAUGAGUAGCCAACUUGAUGCCACCCACGUGCUAUUGGACUCCAGCUUUCAUCAGCCCCAGAAAACAUGGUGAAUGAUCAGAGGUGGCAGUCCAGCAGCAAAUGGAGGGCAUCACAUUGACUACACCUGCUCUAAGGAACUGAAAAAUACUUGAUAAAAAUUGAAAGUAAAUUUUCCAAAAUGAACAGAGGGCAAAAUUAGCAGGCAAAUUAUAUCUAAUGUGAAAUAUCCAGUGUAAAUAGUCUACAUUGUCUCUUACACCUUUUAACUUGUCAUUCUUGCAGUCAGGAAUCAUUGUGCCCUAGAUAUGAAAGUAACUGGAUGCAUCCCCAUAAUCAGAGGUUUGUGCUCAGGCUGUUUACUUAUUUUUAUCAUGCAAAUUUCUAACCUAAUCUAGAUCAGAGUCAGGGAACCUGUGGCACACCAGACAUAGUUGAAUCACAAAUCCCAUCAUCCCUGGCCAUUAAACAUGCUGUCUGUGAUUGAUGCAAACUGUGGUCCUGCAAUAUUUUAAGGAUCACGAGGUUAUGGGCACAACAACAGAAUGUUUGGGUGCGCUUUUUUAAUAAAAAGAAUACAAAGCUGAAAAUGAAUGAACUGCAGCUAAAAUGUUAUGUUCAUUUUUCACAUGGUCUGGUCCUUCCCCUGCCCCCCUCCCUAAUAUUCUUAAGAGGGUCUCUUCUCCGGUCUUUGGAAAGUAGCUGGAAGUGGGUAAGCAGAAAAGGGUCCUCCUUUCCUUCCACUCUGCAGUUUUAAUCUGAAAUCUUAGGCGCAGUACUUCGCUCAAAGCUCAGAAACUGCUUGCACUAGUGAAAUUCCCUUUUGCAAAAUGCGCCUAGAACAAUAGGAGUUUUGAAUAUUGAUCUAAAUUUAGGGGCACCACUUACAGGGCACAUGAAAAGGCCACAGACAGUCCUUUGCUGAAUAUUUGUCACUAUAGAAGACACUCUUACUGAAAUAAGUUAAUAAUAUAUUUGGUAUUUGAGCUAGUCCUCUUUCCAAUAUAGAAACUAAACCACUACCACUCAAAAAGACCAGGACAGAAACAUCACAAUUAAUUUGGCAUAUAAAUCAAACAAAAACUCCCCAUGUUCAUGUUAUUAUGUAUCAGGUGCUGUUAAUAUACAUGGAAAUUUAACAAGUAACAUAUGAAGUCACUGUGUCAAGGACUUUAAAAGUUGAUGGUGAAAAAGAUAGAAGUUGGGGAAGGGAAACAACAACAACAGGGAGAGGAAGACAUGAGAGUAGCUAGGAUACAUAUUUGCAUCUCAAAUAUUUCCACGAACCUAGUAGCGUGUAGAUUGGUUUAUGCACAAAUGAUCUUAAGAGUGCUUGCCAACCUCUUCCCCCCGCCCCGUGUGUCCAGCAACAUUUGAAGCAGGAAAAUUCUGCUGUUUAUGCAGUCUGCUAUCCUACUAACAGUGUUUUGAAUCAGGCUCUGUUCUUGUCAUAUGAGCAAAAGUAAACAACUUUGAAAAAACAACCCCACCACAGAUACACACAGAAAUUCCAUUUAUAAAGUCAAACAACAGCAAGUGGAAACUCAGCUCAUGGGGUUAAUGGUUCCACACAUAAGGGUCCUUGUUAGAAUUUCUUUAAACCAUUCACUCUAAUUCUGUUAAAUCACUUGACUGCAUUGCUAUAUCAGUGUUUACUGUAAAUAUUCCAUAAAUAUCUAUAGUGAUACGUUGCCUAUAUUAAAUAAUUUCUAUGUUAAAAAUAAUCAGGUCAUAUGAGCAUUGUAUUUUAUUUGGAGGUCCAACAUCUGCCUGCAUGAUUGGAUCUGAUGCCUGUGCUCAUUUUGGUCUGCCAUUCUUGCUAGAACAGUCAGCAGGUACAGGGGGGAACCUGGGGUCUUCCCAGUGGUUCUGGACUCCGACUUCCAUCAGCCCUAGUCAGCAUGGACAAUGACAAGGAAUUGUGAGAACAUCUGGAGGGCCACAGAUUACACAUCCCUGGAGUAGGACACCUUAGCAUUCAGGUCACAGGAGCUGAUGUGAGAGCACUGCAGUGAAUAUCAGAGCUUUAUUCUGCUGCAUUUCCUGCAGAUCAUGGGAACACAUUAGUCAGCUGAGCAGAUGGGAUUCCAUUGACCCAUUACUCACAGGCACACUUCUCAGCUUUUGCUAAUUAUAUGUUAAGAGGUGCACUUCAUUGUUUCGAGACAGAAAAGUUGUUGUUUUAGUGUCUGUCUGGUAUGGUGGUUUUAUACAGAAACCAGUACAGUAGUACCUCAGUUUACGAACUUAAUCCAUUCCGGAAGUCCAUUUUUAAACUGAAACUGUUCUUAAACUGAGGCGCGCUUUCCCUAAAGAGGCCUCCCGCCACUGGUGCCCUUCUACUGUUCGGAUUCCAUUCUUAGACCGAGGUAAGGUUUGCAAAGCAGGACACGUACUUCCAGUUUUGCGGAGUUCAUAAACCGAAUCAUUCGUAAACAGAACUGUUCUUAAACCAAGGUACCACUGUAUCUUGUUUGUUGCAGUUAUAUCCCACAUUUUUCUCCAAGGAGGUCAAGGUGGCAUACAGAGUUCACCUCUCCUUAUUUAAUUCCCACAGCAACCCUGUGAGGUAGGUUACGCUGAGAGUUAGUGACUAGCCCAAGGUCACCCAAGUGAGCCUCGCAUCCAAGUGAGGAUUUGAACCCUGAUCUCCAAGGUCCUAGACAGACUCUAUAACUGCUAUGCCACACUGGCUCUGACAUUUUUUGGUGAGUCUGGUUUCAAAAAUUUUGUUGAGGUGUUGUUUUUGUUUGUAUUUGCAUAUAUCACUCAAGCAGAUUGCCUACUGCCUUGAUCCAUUCAGCCUGGAGAAUCCCAACAAACAUGAACUAUUAUGCUGCAAUCCUAAACAUAAUGGAACUUACUUCUGAAUAAACACACACAGGAUUGCACUGUUAGUUUGAUUUGUGUUCUUUUAAAUGAGUUGUUUAUUUAUAUCGGCAUUUGGAUGCACGUAUAGCCCUAGUCAUGCAUUUACUUACAUGUAGGACUUUUGUGUGCAGCAGGUGGUGUGGAGUUGUUGCUUCUCCCCAGUUUUGCAUGCUGAGUGCAAAGGUCUGAACGGAAUCUUUCAUGAAAUCAACUGUUUGCCUAGAGGGCAUCCAUGGAAGCAACUGGGUAUGUCACUCACCUGGAGUCCCUAUUCACAAGCAGAUGCUUGUGCAAAGGUUUUCAGAUCACCAUGCUCAACAUGCAAAGGUUGCAAGUGGGGCCAGGAGUACACAUGAGUAAAUGCAUGAAUAGUGCCUUCCCAGGUCAAGAAUUAAGAGGUACUCCUGCUGCUUAAUUACUGUGUGUCUAUAAUGUAGUUAAUGCGCUGUGCAUCUAAUGAGCAGCUGCCCACUUAAUUCCUGAAACCACCUCCACAAAACCAAUCUCUUAAAUUGUUAUGUGUUUCCUUCAGGUUGUUUCAUCUUCUCCUUUCCUACAGAGAGAGGGCAUGCUAAAUUGUUGUGCAUGUUUCAAAGGAUCGGCUUGUAUAAUGGAUACUGAAUUUGGCUCUGACAUUGUCACACAAAUAAAAGGGUCAGUUUCUGUAUUCCAUCUUGCAAACAAACAAAUUCUUGUUCAUCUACAGUACCGGAUGAGUUACAGAGGCGAAACAAAAAUAAAUUUCAGUAGAAAUUUGAACAUGUAUACUACAGAGACCAGUGUAACAGUCAAGCAGCAUAAACAAAAAUAUCACUGACAGUUGGGGUUCCCAUCCCCAUGUUGAAAGCCCUAUAUGCAAGUAAGACAGCUCCCUGAAGACUAACACUGAUCACGUAUUGGUUGGGGAAUGAGCCCAGCUGAUACAGCAACAUCAAAGGGGUGGGACUCCCCGCAUAAAUUCCCACUGGCCCCUUUGCACUUUUCAGUCUGAAUGCCUGAAAAGGGAUAUAGUCAGACCUAUUGUGAGCCAUGGUAUAACACCAGAAAUGUGGAAAAUAUAAUUUAAGAAUCACAAGAGAAACUUUUCUUUCAAGAUUUGUAAUAUUGAAUGGGAUUGGAUCAGUAUUAGAAAUUUGCCAGGUGCCAGGCUCAUUUUGUAACUGGCACAGGUCCAGUUGCGACCGUGUAGAGAUUUCUAAGUGCCAGGUUGGAGACUGGGGAAAGCAAAACGUCACAUAGAGAAGGAUCUGAAAUAUUUUCCUUGAGGCUUGAAUUUGUUUUAUUCUGAAUUGUUUUGUUUGAUGUUUUAAUGUGUUGUAAAUGGCUUUGAGAUUCGUUCUUUAAAAUAUAAAGUCAUACAAAUAAUAACGACAACAACCAAUAAUUUCCAUCAGGUGGGCAGGAACAGGCGCAUAGACAUUCCAUUGUGGUGACCGUAACCUAGGUUUAAGGUGCCAUUUAGUGUUUAGCUUAUAUAUCUGAGUUUCUAACACUGGAUUGAAUCAUGGUGCUUGUGUUGUAAGUCUGUACUAGGAACCCAAAAUGAUACACUGACAGUGCCAUGGAUUUUACAUUAGAUCGGCCCUAAGAUAAAGGAGGGAAAGCAACAGGUUUGAGGAGGGCCUCAAUGAAUGAAUGGACGCCUCACUCUGAGGAUGGGGUCCUUCCUCAGAGUGAGGCAUUAUUGGUAUCUGCCACCACUAGUUUCCCAUGACAGUGUCAAAUGCAUCUUGAAAUUCAAAUUUGAACCAAGAUUUGCCACCCUCACAAUGUAGAAGUGGAUCCAGGAAUCUUUACAGCCACUAUCCCCACAAUGCUUUGCUCUGAGAAAGGAAGCCUUCCUCAGAGUGAGGAGUGGUGGUUCAGGAGAGCCCCGUUAGAGUGCUGGUGAUGGCACUUCCUUGUGGGUGACAGUGGCUAUAGUAGCCAGUGGGGAGGCAGCCAGCUAUGGUGACGGUGGCAGUGACAGGCAACCCCAUCUGUGUUGGACGGGAAUGCAGCCUGCCAGUCUUCUCAUUUGCUACCUGAACCCUGAGGCUACUUCAUUAUAGUUUGGAUAACUAUUUUUAAAAAUCCAUAAAUUUUGGAUUGUGGGCAAAUUUCACUGAAAUCUUAACUUUGAAGAAAGCUUUGUAGUUUGUUGCCUCCUGCAAAUGUAUAUGGAUGUCCUUUUUUGAAUAGUCCUCCUUUUAUUCACACAUCAGAUUAUUAGUAUGCUUUUGAGGUGUCUUAAUAUAAAAGAGAUUUUAUAGUUCCUGAUGCUUUUCUAAAAUUAAAGAGUUAGUGAGUUGUUAAUUUCAUAUCCUUGGUUAAAAAAACUGGUAACUUUUAGUGAACGCAUCUUCAUUGUAGGCAUGUUUCCACCAACUAGUAUAUCUGCAACGUACAUAUUGUAUUAGGAUGUGAAAGGCUAGUGUUUCAUUAUAGAUUGGCUGUCAACAGUGGCAUGUAAGUCUUUGGAAAUAGUUGACAGUUAUAUCCCAGAGCAAGAUUUACCCAUGAUGAAUCAAUUUCCUCUUUUUACAAAAUACUUCAUUAUUUUGUAUGAGUUAUAAAUUUCACUUCCUGUUUAGAUAAUUUUGUGGGUUUUGUUUUUUUUAAUUGCUCACAUAGAUUGCUGUUUCAAAAGCUUUUGUAAUCCUGGCAUUAAUGUUACUCUGUAAGUGAAGAAAUGUCUUCCCAUUCUUGGAUGAGCUAAUUAUUCAGUCAUCAUUUUAAAUUAUGAUAGUUAUCUGUGAGUUAAUAUGUGCAGCUUCACACAUACAGCUGCUGGACAAAUAGGUGCCUAUCCUACAAGGUAUUUAAUGAAGGUUAAGAGCAAGUUACCUCAUAUGCAAAGCAAUAAGAUUAAUUUAUACAGGGGUUAUAUUUAAAAACAAAACAUUAGAGUGUUUUGUUUACCCCCAAUGCUGGAUGAAGAUUACAUUUCAUGAAGCAGGGGCAUUCUUGGAGCUAUCAGGGUUUCAGGAAUGGAUUUCCAACUUAUUUUUGUAUUUUUAAGGACACCCCCUAUUUUAUUUACCAAUUUAAAUGCCAUGUUUAUAGUUUAUAGUACAAAAGGCAGAAAAGAGAUUCCAAAGAGCUAAAGAGCCUUCAGCAUACAUGUGCAUAAACCAGGGGGUGGAGGGGUGUGUGUCCUCUUCCUCUUCUGCAUGAUUAAUCCAGCAUGUUUUACAAUCUACACAUUAUCGGCUAGGUUCCACUGUGAAAAACAGCAUGCCUCUUUGUGGAGAAGGUCAACCAGGUCUAAAUCAAGCUGUUUUGACUUAAUGGAAUCAAGGACAGGAUGCAAAUGCAAAUUUUCUUGUCUCUUUUCAGUGAGAAUUGCUGGGAUUUGCACCACAGGUUUGAAUAACAAAUUAAGGGUUACAUGUCUAUCUUUUCCAUUGGAUCUUAAUUCUUGCACAGGGGUACACCUGCCUGUCCCCAUCUGUAAGUUAUGAUAUGCUGCUUCCAGCACAAUUUUUAGAGAAAGAGGUGCCAGAAGCACCAUGAAUGCCUCCCUUGUUGUCUUAUAAUGGCAAUGGCGCCCACCUGAGAGGUGUCAGAACUGAGUUCCAGUGAGUUCCUACUGAAAAAAAAGCCCUGGCUACUUCCAGUAUUGUUGACUAGACUGUACAAAGGUGUUCUUUAAAAAAAUUCUUAAUCCUGAUAUCGACUGAUUAGGUGUUAGCUAGCUGCUAGCAGAAGGCCAAGGAAAUUUCAUGGAGAGAAUCCAUGGGUGGGAGGAAGGGCCUUCCCCUUCAAGAUUCUGUCCUCACCCUUGCUUAUCCCUUUUCCUUCAUUGCUUGCUCUUUACUCCAUCCCUUCCCCUAAGCAACUUUAGGCUGCUACAAAGGAGCAGGGAUGGAGAACCUUCUCACCCCAAGCCACAGGCCUCACUGGUCUUGCUUCACACCCACCUGGGCUGGAAUGCAUCACUGAACUCUGAUAAUGACUCUUGCUUCCCUGGACGGAGGAUAGAGAGGUGUAUGUAGAAACUAGUUCACUGCACAGGGGUAAAAUUUAAAUCCAUUGCUCCACCCACUUUUAUUUCUUGCACCACCCACCAUGUGUAUGUGCCUCUGAGAAGGGAAUAGAGCUCCUUUUAAUAUGCACUUUAAGCUGCUUGCAUUCCCAUUUAACUAGCAUCAUCUGCAUGACAUCACUCUCAAACAGCCCCUGUCCCUUUGGUUUUCCCCUGUAAAUUCAGAUUUCCCUAUUCCAGCGGUACAUUUUGAAAAAUAUAUCCAAACUGCUUUUCCGACAGUGGAUGCAUUGCCUUGAUCCCCCCCCCCAACUCCAGAAUUCCUGGAUGUGUGCCAUUCCUGGGCAGACACCAUUUUUCAGCUGAUUCUUAUGUUCAUGCCUGGUUGUGCAAAAUUAACACAUUCAAACAAACAGAUUGUAAGGUGCAGACAAAGACAAAAGGGAAUAGCUGCUGGUCUGGACAGGAUCAAGCAGGUUUGAUCUUCAACUUCAAUUUGACUAAUAAGGUCAAAUUCAAAGGGAGAGAAUGUGGAUUCCAGCAAGUGUACACAAGCCCUUAAGCAGCAACAUCCUAGGCUUUGCGCCAUGACAUCCAGUAGAUUCUAUUCAGUGACUUCAUUGCUUCUGCAUCACUAUGCAUCAGCAGAAAAAGUAAGAGAUAGGUCAAAGGUGGGUGAUAGCCUGCAGCACUCUCAAGCCAGUUCAAAGAUAGGUGUGGAAGGCAAAGCAUUUUCAAUGUAAUUCUGGUUGUUUUACCAGAAGCCAUAACUUCCUUUGUCCCAUCUAUCAUGUCAUCUCUUCCAAACGUGAAGUGGAUCAAGCAGAUUCUUUAUAUAUAGGAGCCAACACCCUAGCCUUGGUAACUACUUGUCUGCAGACUUUUUAGUUACAGUGGUACCUCAGGUACUUAUUUCAUUCCGGAGGUCCAUUCUUAACCUGAAGCACCACUUUAGCGAAUGGGGCCUCCUGCUGCUGCCACGCUUCCGGAGCACAAUUUGUAUUCUCAUCCUGUAAGUUCUUAACCUGAGGUACUAUUUCUGGGUUAGCGGAGUCUGUAACCUGAAGCGUAUGUAACCCGAGGUACCACUGUACUAAUUCCAACAAGUGGUAUAUUUACAGCCUUAUAUCACCUAAUCAUCCUGAAGCUGCAAAAAUAAUUCCUAAAUAAGAACUUCUAACAUAUGGGAAACAAACAAAAACUUCUUAAUACAUUUUUUUUAAAAAAAAAACUGUUGUUACUGAAGUUGAAGCAUUCUCUUAAAGUUGAGGCAUUCUUUUUCACAGUGCAUAUCUUAAAAUUACAAUACGUUUCCUGUUAUUUUUCUCGUUCACUUCUGUUGCAUUACAAGCAUCAAGCAAAAAUCAAAAUCUCAGUUCUGCUUUCUCAUAAUGCUUAUGAAAAUUAUUGUCACAAAGUUCAGUUGAAGUCCCUGAAGAAGAAGCUACUCUGCAGCCCUUCGAAAUAAAAUAAACUUAUUUUUUUAUGACUGCAGUAUAACUAAGUAGCUCCAACCCAUUCAGAAGGUCUCUAAAAAGUACAAACAAAUUGGAUGUGAUUGGGGCCAUCAUGUUUUUAAAUAUUUCAUUUUGUACAUUUAUGUCCCAUCUUUGGGGCCACAUACAUGGCAUUCCUAGAUGUCUCCCAUCAGGAUUACUGUGGUAUCCUGUCCUCCAUUGCUCUAUUUAUUUUUUAAGACAUUUUUAUCCUGUUUUCCAGUUACAAAAUCAAAUUGUAGGCAGCUUGCAAUAAAAAUUUAAAUCUCAAGAUUUCAAAAAAACAAAACAAACACUCAAGCCUAACAAUACAACAAACAUGCCACGGAUAUGAUUGACUCUCAGUGCAAUCCUUUGUGCAGUUACAAAGUAAUCCCAUUAAAUUCAAUAUGGGGCUUGCUUUUGAAUGAGUAAGAAGACUAAUUUUAUUCACCUUAGAAAACAUACUCUCUGAAGCAAUGGCAAUCAUAUUGUCUAGUGAGAAUGAAAAUAUUCAGCUUUGACGUUGUGCCAUUUGCAACUUGGGUUACGAAUCCCACAGCUGAAAGACCGUCUGCCAGUGGAACUGUUAAAGCUUUUCUAUCUCAAAGAGAUCUGAAAGGGGAAAGAGAAAAUGUAAAGAAGCUGCUUUUCAGUGACAGUUCUCAUUCUGAACUGUUGGUUGUUUUGUUCCUAGAGAAUGAGAAACACUGAAUCAAUUUCUAUUGGUAAAAAAGGAUGUGAGCUGUCAAGUUACAGAGGACAGCACUCUAUCAUUUUUCAUUGUCAUUGAGUGCAAGUAUGAUGAAUUCUUGAGCUUCAGCUCUUUUGUUGAAGGGAACUUGACUCAGUGUACCUGAAUGAAAAUGUUAGGGAGGAAGAGACGAAUGGGUUGGUUGGUUUUUUUGUCCCUGUUGGUUGAAAUGACCACCCUGACUGUGAAAAGAGUGACCAUUUGAAAGCCGUAAGUAAGCAGAGCCUGCCAAAGUUCAUUUACCGUAUUUUUCGCUCUAUAACACGCACCUGACCAUAACACGCACAUCGUUUUUAGAGGAGGAAAACAAGGGAAGAAACAUUCUGAAUGAAACGGUAGAUGAAUCAUUUUUGUGCUUCAUGCUGUGGCCACAGACAUGUGAUCUGAUGAUGAAUUUGGGGUGACCCAAUGCAAAGAUCCUGAGGAUCCAUGUCGAUCCAUGCUUUGUAACCACGUUUUUGCACCAUUGCAGCCCCAGGCAACAGUGGGUGCGUGUGUUUUUUGGUGCAGUCUGUAGCCAUGGACAUGCUAUGUGAUCUGAUGGUGAAUUUGGGGUGACCCAAUGCAAAGAUCCUGAGGAUCCAUGUGGAUCCAUGCUUUGUAACCACAUUUUAAGUGGGGAGGGAAGGAAAAACACAGAAGGGACAAGGAGCACGAGAGGGGUGUGCAGAGAAGCAGCUGGCUAAGAAUGCAGGAGAGGGGUAUAACGGGAGGGAGGAAAGGAAGGCAAAAGUUUCCCCCAAGCCAGCCAGCUCGUGCUCUCUCUCUCCCACCUGCAUGUUUUCUGGCUGCCUGAUAUAUAUUUUUUAAUUGCCUUGACAGAAGAAAGCAUUUUAACUGCAUUAAGAACUAUUUAGCAGCGAAACCUAAGCUGUGCCAUCCCUUAAGAGGUACAGACACUGUAAUCUUCCAGAUCGCAUGAAUUUACAGGCAAAACACUGUUUAAGGAUUUCAUCCUUUUAAAUGGAAGAAAGCAUAUUUGAAUGCUGUGUGUCCUCAAAAACAAAAGCAGGAAGUCAAAUCAGAAUUUUAAGCUGAACCUGUAAUCUCUCUUCCCUUCACAAACAUUGUUCCCUCCGGAGCAUGAAGAGGAAUUAGAAGGAAGGACGCUCUGCUUGCCUGGAGGGGAGCGGCUUUCCCUGCUCUUUGUUUCGUUUGAGCAAACACAGCAAUGAAACAGAGGGGGUAGGCAGUAAGACCCUGAGGCAGAAUGCAGGAAAGCAGCCUCUUCCUCUUUUCAGAUUUCCCUUCUCCGAGACGCGAUUUGAUUUUUGCCUCCACUCGCGCCAUUCGGCUCCAGGGACCACACAUUCGCUCAAUAACACGCACAGACAUUUCCCCUUCCUUUUUAGGAGAAAAAAUCUGCAUGUUAUAGAGAGAAAAAUACGGUAAUCAUAACAGAAAAAUUUAACAUGCUCCAUUUUACCAUGUCUCUUUACCUGUCACUGAAGCAGAAUUACUCAAGCUUGGUCCCCAUAUAUUGUUGAACUACAGUCUCCAUCAUCCCCAGCCAGUUUAGCCAGUGAUCAGAGAUGAAGGGAGUUAUAGUUCUAACAACAUUUGAGGACCCAAAGUUGAAGAAGGCUGUACUUAAGGAUGCAUUCCUGAGAAUGCUUUUUGGAAGUAGGUUCCACUGAAAGCAGUGAGGCUUCCGUGUAAAUAAAUGCAUUAGCACUGAGCAUAGCGCAUAUCCCAAGCUUUUUGCUGCCUUACUGCACUUCAGUCUGGAUCUGCUCCUUCCCUCCUUCAAAUUAGUAGAGUGAUUAUAUGUUGCAGACAACCUUUAUAGGCUGCAGACUUAGUGAGGCGGCUAUCUCUUCUCUGAUCUUUGCUGGGAAUUGCAACCGGCAGCUCAUGUUGCUUGGGACAGAUACAAUAUUUGUUCACUACAAUAGCAAAACAAAGCCGUCUUAUUUCAACACACCCAGUACCUUGCUUUAUUUGCCUUUCCACAAGUCAUUUUACCUUCCAUCCUGCUUGUACUGGCAAUAUUCACACGCAACAAACUCCAGAAUGUUUUCUUUACAGAUAUACAGACAGUGGUCUUUCUGCUAUGAUAGCACACUGUGACUUCUAUGGCUAUUGUUUUAGCACUUGCCCUGCCAAGGUGGCACCAUGGGGCGGGGGGGGUGAUAGAUGAAAGCAGGAAUUGGUGUCUGACUUCUGCAGCAGGAGGGGGCACUAUUUAGUUUUUGCUUCAAGCAGCAAAAUGUCUUGGGCUAGCCUUGUUUAUUCCUGUUUUUUUGUCUUACAUCCAAGAACAACUGUUGUCUUCAGUGCAGCAGCAGACAAAAAAUCUUCCUACUGCACAUUUCCCAAGAAUAAGCAUAUUUAUAUUUCACAGUGAUGGCCCCAUUCCACGUUUCUUUUUUAACAUCCCAUUGAUUUCAACUGGAUUAUGCCCAACUAAAAUCUGAUUAGGUCUGCAGUAUUAGAUAACAUUGAUAUUUUAGAUUAUAUAAAUAUUUAAAAGUGCUUCGGAUCAUAGAACCAGAGUAGAUCAAAGGUGGCAGGAGCAAAUCUCCACAGUGAUAAGCAGCAGUACAAAGUUCCAGCUAGCAACAGGAGAACUGAACUAGCUGGUGUGUACAUACUGUACUGCAGUUGGUAUAAAAAUGUUACAUUUGUUAUGAAAGCAUGGUGCAAAAUCCUAACUAGAUAAACAGGCAGGCAGGUGCACAAUUUCAGUCUUAGAUUUUAGGGUGAUGGGUUAGGAUUUGCUUUGGUUAUUAAAGUUUGCUUUUAAAAUGUAGAAGGCUUGGAAUUUAAGGAAUUAUGCAGUGGCACUGAUGAUAAAUGUCAUUUUCCUGCAGUUCAGAAAGUGAAAAUGGGACAGAAGAAAAAAAGAAGAGCGGGAAACCAUAUCCUGGGCUGUCACAGACAUCACCAAGUGAUCUUGAAUGUUUUGAAGAUCAGAAGAAGGUUAUAACUUCACGGUAAUAAAGGAUCCAAAUAUACAAACUUUUCAGUAGUGUAACUCUUCCAAAGAAAGCUGUUAAACACACAGUUCCAGAGGAUGUUGCUUUUGCAGUCCCAUUUGGACCACUGCCAAUGUGGUGUGGGGCUCAGGAGAGUUUGAAAGGCUGGUCCAGAUGGCCACCAGAUCCAGACUGGCCAAUGGCUACCUGUCCCUGCUACAAACUGUAGUAAAUAGAGAUGAGUGGAGGGUCCCUAACUAACCACAGACACAUCCCCUUCCUCUCAGUUAUUAAACAUCUGGGUUUAAUUCUCUUGAACACAUAAACAGACCUGAAAUUGAUAUCAUAUGGGUAACCAGUGAUUCUCAAUCUAUAAAUAAUCUUCAGCUUCUCACUUAAUUCUGCAAAGUCUUAGCUUACAAGGGUAAUAAUGCCAUACAAAUCUGGAAAUAGGAUUUGGUGUUUUGCCAGUUGGUUAGAUAGAUAUUCAUGUUCUGGGUUCUUAACAUAAGAUUUCACUGGCUGACAGCUCUUCAGUUUGUUCUAUCAUAAGCUGGCCCAAAAUUUUAUACUGCACCUAUAUAAUAAUAUAUGUGUGCCAUUACCAUACUCAUCUUUCUGUACAUCCAUUUUGCAUAUACAUUUCACAGUAUUGUCAUCAGCAUAGUUUUUGUAAAUGCAUUCCUCCCUGCCCAAUUUGUAUUUCCUUCCUUCUCUACAUGCAGCUACACUCAUCCUCAAUCUGCUCCCUGAUAGAAGAACCUCCAUUAUGGAUGGAGCAACUAGCUUUCUUCUCCCCCAGAUGAGAUAAAUACCAGGGCAGAACUAAACCUAUUCCUAUGCAUCAUUAAUGGCAGUAAGGGACCAUUAUCAGUUAAUUAGAGCUCUGGGUUUGAAUUCAUUUGAGCUCAUAUGAUGAGUGUUGCCUGUGUAAAGGAGGAGUCUUCAGUCAUAGGCUUGGCAUGGCCUGGUGUCCACUCUCCCCAGCACACCAUAGGCCACGUUGUACUUCAGUGAUGGUUUCCUUAAAAUGUGUAAUUUACAUGCAUGCUUCUUGUGACUGAGCGGGUGUUUGCAAAGCUUCCAGUAGUAGUCAUUUGAAAACUUCAAAAUAAGCAUAUUGGCUCCAGAUCUACCUACUAUUUCUCUGGAUUUAUUUAUUUUUAAAGUGUGGUGAACACGGGUAUCAAAAGUGAGCUGAUUAUGUAAAAGAAAUCUCCCUGAGACCUUUAAGGGUAAGGUGUUGUUGGACUCGUUUUUAUCAGCUCCAGCCAGCACGGCCAUUGGUCAAGAAUGAUAACUGUUGUCCAGCAACAUCUAGAGGGCCACAGGCUCCCCAUCUCUGCAGCAGAAAUGCUGCCUGUGAGAUUUUUUAAAAAAGAAAAACCUCAUUUUGAAAACAGUGUUAUAUGCAUGGGAUGUUGUCUUGCUCUAGGUCGAAGACAAUAGUGGAUAAUACCUUCUUGGCAACAGAUGGCAAGAAUGUCUCAAAGCCCGAAAGGAAGAAGAGUGCCUCAAAUCAGGUACUGGAGAGAAUCUACUUGUUUGGGAUCCAGACCCUGCAGUCGUCAUCUGAGGCCCUUCUUCAUGUGCCUCCACAAGAGGUCCAGAGGGUGGCAACACAAGAGUGGGCCUUUUCUGUGGUGGCUCCAUUUGUGGAAUACUCUCCUCAAGGAGGCUCACCUGGCACCAUCAUUACAUAUCUUUAAUUGCCAGGCAAAAGUGUUUCCCUAUAACCAGACCUUUGGCUGAUUAAACAUUCUUGUAUGGGCUUUUAAAUGCAUUUGGGGGGUUGGUUUGUUUUUGUUUUACAAUGUAUUUUGUAUUCUCAUUUUAUAUUUGUAUUUUGUGAACUGCCCUGUGAUCUUCUGAUGAAGAGCAGUAUUAAUUUUUAUUUUUAAUAAAUACCCACUUUAGGCAAAGUGUGUUGCAUGUUUAUGUUGGCUGUAUUAUUGUGCCAAACUGCAACGAUGACCUCGAGAAUUUUUGGACCUUGUGCAAAGUAUCAAAAUAAUUCUCCCUCAGACAUAACAGUGGCAUUUUGGGCCUCUGACCCAAUCGGUUUCCACUGCCACUGUUAUCCAUUGCCUGGGACUUCGUUCCCUUCCAAUAAUAUUAGGCCCUCAAACUGUACCUCUGUUCCUGAAUAGCAUAAUAUAACCCCAAUUCCUACAUCUUCUGCAGAAAAGGGACUUACAGUUAGUUGCUUAAUGCAAAGAUAGACAUCAGCUGGUAUAUAUAGUAAUGUUUAUGCAGCAAUAACCAAAAUCUAUCUAUUUGUUUCCUCAACUUUAGUUUAAGGCAAAUGCUCACUUUCACAAGCUGUUUCUGGAUGUCCCAAUUGAUGAACCCUUGAGAAAAAGUAAGUUGAAUGCUAUAUUUUUUUCCUGUUUUGUUACAUUGAAUUUUCUGUCACACUAACCCUUUGGCAUGCCUCAAAGUUUUUGCAAGAAAUUCUAUUACUAGCUAAAAUAUUAGUGAGAGAUUUCUGGCCAUUGACACGUGAAUUUGGAUGCUUAGUUUUUGAUAGUCUCUUCUAGUUCAUAGCCAAGAUGUUUGCUUUCCCAAAUAUAAUUCAAUGACUAUCUUGUAUUGAGUAGCUUUCUCAUAAUAGAUCAGAGUUCAGCUACAAGAGAUUUGGGAUAUGAUCUAAAGCUAUUUGACUUUUUCAGAGUGAUUCCCCUUCCAUGAAUAACAGCAUUUACAUUUCAUAGACAGUAUUUAAUACAUUGCUUACAGCAUUGCACAAGUGCAGCUGUUAGAUAAUAUUGUACUUGUGACCCUUUCAGAUUUUACCUGUGCAUUACAAAAAGAAAUCUUGUACCAAGGGAAGCUAUUCAUAUCGGAGAACUGGAUUUGCUUCCAUUCUAAGGUCUUUGGCAAAGACACUAAGGUAAAUGAAGUCAAGUGUUAUGAUGUGAAGUCAAGUGUUAUUGAUUAUUCUUGCCUAAUUCUUUUUUUAAUAUGGUUGGGGGUGAUGAUAUAAAUGUUAAUGGAAACAAUGGGACACUUGUAGAUUUAGAAAAUUAAAAAUGAUCCAGUGGUUUCAACCCUACAACCCUGGGUAAAAUAAUGUUGAAUUAAUAGAAAUGACUAUAUCAAUUGUUAAUGCAGCAUUAGGUCUACAAAAAAAACCACAAAUCACCUGGUGGUGGUAGCGUUCAAGAUGUUUCUCUCUGGAGAAGCUGAGUUAAGGAAGCAGCAUACUGCUUCCCUUCUAAGCAAGGGUUUAAUUGGAGAUGGAGCAGGGUGUGACUUGCAUGUUUAGUUGUAUAUCUCAAAGUAUCUCAAGAAGCAGAUGUCAGCUGCUUUGCAACAGGUCUAUGCAAGAACCAGCUUUCUCACAAUGGGUUAUUUCUCAGUAACCAUGAAAGCUACUGGAGCCAAGUUACCAUCUUUAUACUCUAAUAACUGAUACAAUCUCAUUUCAGAUUAGUAUACCUGUGUUGUCAGUGACACUGAUAAAGAAAACUAAGACUGCCCUUCUAGUGCCAAAUGCCCUGGUUAUAACAACAGUCUCUGAUAGGGUAAGUGCACAUUUUGGGAGAAGCUUCUUAGCACCUUUAAAUUACCCAUUUUGUUUUGUUUUUCCUCCCCUUUUCCUGUCCUUCUCCAUUAGCUGUUGGUCUUGUUAAUUGGCUGUCCUGGUUUUUAUUGAAGGUUAGAUUUUUACUUUUUUUAUUUAUUAUCACUUUGCAUUUAUACAGAAAAGAAAAGUAAGAUCUAACUUGGACUAAAAUGAAAUAAAAUAAACAUACGGCUUGCUCUUCAUCCCCCUCAUGUUUUUACCCAUCCUUAGCCCCAGUUACUGGAAACAUCAGGGAGCAGUUGCCAAGAAAAUAUCUGGAACUCUUAACACAAAAGAAGUGUUUUCACCAAGCAAAAAUGUUCCUCUUUAACUAGGCCUUCAGCUGAUUGACAUCUGUUACCCUUUUAAAGUGUGUUGUGGAAGAGGUGGGGUAUUGGGUUGUUUUUAUUACGUAUUUUCUGUUUUUUAUAUUGUGACUAUGUUGUGAACCGCCCUGAGAUCUAUGGGUAUAGGGCAGUGUACAAAUUUAAUAAAUAAUAAAAUUAAAAAGACCCUGAACCAAUGUUGUGGGAAGAGUAACACUCCUCCUGUAAUGCAGAUAUUUACAACUGGUGCCAUUCUCUGCAGUUGUCUAACCAAGAUACAUAGUUUUCGGGCUAUGUAGUAUGGUGAUGGCUGGGGCCCUCAGGAAUGCAAGCAUGUCAACUGAAUCAGUGGUAAUAGAGAUACAGGCCUAUUUUGCCCCUCCAAGUAUGUCUAGGAAAACUAGCUGUUAGGCAGGCUUAUCUGAGUGUGACCAUAGGAUUGAGAUAUCCUGGUCAGCUUGUAGGGGGAACUCAAUUACUGACAGCAGCAAUCUUGGAUACAAAUGAUCAAGGCAGAUGAUAAAAAGUAGCUUGCCAUGUUGGAUGGCACACAGUGACUUUUAUGUGCCUUUGUUCUUAGCUAAAGCAAGCUAUGGCAGUCUCCCCAAAUGCUGAAUAAUAAUUUUGGUGGUUUUCUUUUCAGUACAUGUUUGUGUCCUUUCUGUCCAGAGACACUGCUUACAAACUAUUAAAAUCAGUUUGUCAACAUCUAGAGGUGAGUGAAAACCUUUUUCAGGUGCCUCUGUGUGUGUUCUCAGUAUUAGUAGUUGAUCAAAUGGUGUCAUUUUAAAAUGUGUUUUCAGGAUGUUAGUGUUGGCAACAGUCCCAGUCUUCCUUCUCCAGAAAAUAGCUUCCGGGCAAAUCGCCCAACAACUUUACCACUGGUAAGUUUUGUUUUUUAAUAAAAUUAAAAGCAAUGAACUGAUGAGGAACAAUAUGGAAUGGCUAUGAGCCAAUAUAAUUUUCAGUAAUAAGAUUUUUGUUUUGAGAUAGUAUUGGAGGCUUUGUAAGAAAUUCCUUGCUCCAAUUCUGGCAUGGACCAGCCUUUGCCAACCUGCUGUUCUUCAGACAUUUUAGACUACAACUCUCAUCAAUCCCAACCAGAACAUGGUGGCUGGGGCUGAUGGGAAUUGUAGUCAGGAACAUCUGGAGGGCAGUGAGCUGACAAAGGCAUUAAUGGACCAUUUCAUGCAUGAUGCACACCUGCAUGUACAUGCUGAACUUGAUGUUAUUAAGAUUGUUGAAGACUUGAUGUCAUUAUGAUCACUGAAAGCUCACUGCAAUCAAAUGCUUCACUAAUUGCUUACUUGUAAAGCUCCCUGGUCAACCUCUGGCAAGUCACUAGAGCUCUAUUCCAACAUUCAUCAUGAGUAACUUGUACAGAGAUUUGAAAAGAGAAGCUUCCACAUGAACAGCUGUUCAUGCAUAGGCUUCUACAUGAUUGAUACCAGUCCACAGUCUUGAUUGCAUGGACAAGUAGAUGCUCACAGAGACUUCCCCUUUCAGAUGUCAUUGUGAGCAUGAGGACAUCAAAGAUACAUCCUUUUUCAUGAAUUCAAUGUGACGUAUCAAAUGUAGAUGCAUUUUCCCCUUAAAUGAGCUAAUUAGUCUUUCAUAUAUUUGAGUAAGGUGGAUCACACUUUUUUUAGAUCUAGUUCUGCCCUUUUCCCAGGCAAACCAGAUUUUAAGCUUGAGGUUUACAUGAAUAUCUUCAGAUAUAAAAGCAAUAAUUAUUCAGAAUUUUCAGUCUCCAUAUAAAUUGAGCAGAAAGCUAUCAUAGAUCUCUCACCGUGGCCUGGUUCUCAAGACGUAGGUUUCCAGGACCACACAAAAAUGUGGGUUCCUGGAGAAAAGCUUGCAGCCACUUCCCCCCUCCCCAGUCCUUGUUUUACUUCUUUGAUGCCCUGAAAUAAGCCCAGGUGUGGCUUAAUGGGUCAUCAACCCAGGCUUGUGGUUGGUGAAAAGAGAACUUAACCAAGAGCCCUAGUUUGGGCAACAAGCUAAGCCAAUUGUAAGAGAAUUGUAACUUCUGGUACAUUUGUACAAAGAGGUUAAAUAACAUCUGGUGAAGCUCUGGAAUCCUUUCCAACUGUAUUCCAAGAGUUUCAGGUGAAUUAAGUUAUUUGAAAACUAGAUUAGAUUGAGAGAGCUUGACUUGACGGAUCAAAAUCUUUAUGGAACUGCAACCUAAGUUUUCUAUUUUCUACUGCGCCACAUUGCUUUAGAUACGCUUAAUAUUUGUUACUAUUGUGAUGUUAUUGAUCCAUAUUACUGAAAGUGACAUUUGGGGGCGGCGGCUGCAGAAUAUUGAACAGACCAUUAAUUCUUAACUAGCAUUUCUGGUGCAUCUUUUCUUCAGGAUUUCAAUGAAGAUUUUUCUGAAUUGGAUGGCAUCAUCCAACAGCGCAGACAAGAGAUGGAAGAAUCCAGCAGCACUGGUUCUCAAACUCCAGAACUGGAAGCCUUCCAAGGUUUGAAUAAUAAACCGUUUCUUUACUAUCCAGAAGCAGAAACUGCAGCCUUUUAUCUAGGAAUUUAGAGCACUUUCCCAGAGGCUACAUACACUCUGUACAUUUAAAGCUCAUUACUUCCUCCAAAGAGUCCUGGGAACUGUGCUUUGUUCAGAGUGCUUGAAAUUAUAGCUCUGUGAGGGGUAAACUGCAUUUCCCAGGUUCCUUUGGGAGAUGCCAUGUGCUUUAAAUAUGCUCUAAAAGUAUGGUGUGCAUGGAGCCAAAGAGCGGGAAAUGUGGUGGUUGUUUAUGUAGUACUUUUUAAUGUGUAAAAAGCUUUAAAUUCUUUGUAGUGGUAUCAACACAUAUGUAAGACCUGUCCACAUAAGGCCUGGUUUUUAUUGUAUGGAGGGGAGGGGUCAGGCACAGUUUGACACAUAUUGGCACUUGUCCAAGAGAAUUAAUAGGUUAGUCCCAACAUGCUCUGUGUAAAAUCACACUGUGGAUUGAAGUAUUAGCUAUUCAGUAGCACCAAGGGAACAUAAUUGUGUGAAGCCUCAUCUUGAGGUUGCAAAUUCAGUUUUCGAGCACUUAGGCCAAAUCAAUGUCGUCUCAACAUAUUCAUGCUGAUCAGGAAUGCUGGAAGUUUCUUUAUACCAUGUCAAACCAUUGGUCCUUCUGGCUCAGAGUUGUCUACAUAAUGACUAGCAGUAGAUCUCCAGAUUUCUGCCAGGUCCUUUCCCAACAGUGCUUGGAGACACCAGGGAUUGAACCUGGGACCACACAAAACAUAUACACUACACUGAGGUACAGGCCACUUGUCAGUGUUUUGAUCAAACACCUUCAUACUUUUUGAAGCCACCACCAUCGGACAUCUCCUCUCUUCCCACCCCCCACAAAUGUGCAGAAUCCAGGCAAACCAUUUUUGCCUCUUGGAAUACUGUGCUGAAGUAUUAUGCAGACUACACUAAAAUCUUAAUCAAUCUGGUUGUUAAGCAUCUGAUCCAUGGUUCUGACAACCACAAAAAUUAUGGAUGUAAGACACGUCCUACUGAAAUGAGGCUAACUUCACAGUAAUGUUUAUGCACCUGCAUUGCACUUUGUGGUGUUAUGCAAUGCCUUGAGUUGUUCACAACUCCCAUUAUGCCUGAUAAUUGGCCAUGCUGGCUGGGAAUGAUGGGAAUUGUCAUCUGAUAACAUCUGGAGUACACCGCAUUGGUUAUCCCAAUACUGCAUGCAUUUGUUUUUAGUUUGAAAUGCUUGUUCUUCAACAGAUUACCAUGUUGUUGAGACCCAGACUCAUCUGAAAACCUCCAGGGUGGAGUCAAAGGCUGUCCAUACAGAUGUUAAGGCUAAAUAUUUGUGUGAUGAUAAAAUCAGGAAUCUUCCAAGAAAUGGUAAAUAGAGCAAAUCCCCAUUUGAAGCUGGUGUUGUGGGCUAGGCUGAUAGAUCCAAGCAGGGUUGGAUUUCAGCAAUUGAAAAUGACCAUAGGUUGAAUCCAGAAAUGGCCUUCUAUAUGUGGAGGCUCCCUAUAUUACACAUUGUGCAGAACACUGGGAGUGAAAAGUGAAAUUACUUCUGCAGGUGUUCUUCUACUUGUGCAAGAACUUAUGCAACCUCUUGUCCAAGCAGAAGCCAGAGAACUGCUACAGAAUCUACCUCUGAUAGCACUAACUCAUAUGAAAGUAUUUGUCAAACAAAGCUAGCAGCUGCUUCUCUUCUGCUCACAUUUUUGUGGAUCCAGCUCAUAGUGGCAAAAAAAAAAAAUGUAUACAGACUUUCACAGUUUUAUUUGAUCUUAAUUUUUGAGGCAAAAUUCUGGAAAGAUGCAGGAGAUGAUCACAAAUGCAAACCUCCCGAUAGAAUGUGACAUACAAAGCAGAAAGGUGAAAAUCAGCGUUUCGGUAGGGAGAAUGCCUGUUGUAGGUAGGAAGUGAGGAAGGAAUGGGCAAAGACUGCACCCAUAAUUGGAAACUUCUCCCAGCUAUGUGUUCCUUUGGUUUACAGCUGGAGUCUACUUAUGACACCAGAUCUUGCUCUGUGCAGGUUCCGCUCCAUGUAGUACAAUCAUAGCCUUGCAUAUUUCUAGAAUUCCUUUCUUUGCCCCACUAUUCUAAAUAAUAUCCCAUUCAGAUCAACUUACAGUUUGGAGUGCUGUCUUACAUAUGGCUGAGAACAUUAGCUCAUCAGUCUAUUAACCACAUAUUUAAGCUGUAGGUUUUAAUCAAGGCUUCCUUAGGUAUAAAGGUGCCCAGUGCUGAUGGCUUAAUUCCAAACAAUGUGCUCAGUUGAUUUAGAGCAUAAUCAUAUUGCAUAAUAGACGAAGCCAGUUACCCUUCAUUAAGUGGCUUCAGAGCAUAACCUGAAUUAACAUAUUGUAAUAUUUUUAAUUAGUGAGGAAGAAACAACAACAACAGUCAACUUGCACCCUACAGUCAUUUGGCAGUUGUUGUCUUAUGGAGCGUGUCUGGUCGUAUCAUUUUCAGAUGCUUCAAUAAAUAUUUUAUUCUUCUCAUAGCUCCUCCUCCUAGAAUCCUUGGAGUCCUUUACAGAGUGAAUUACCAGAAGUUUUUGACUGUGAACCACAUACUUAUUCUCUAUGCAAUUCUGUAAGUAUAUAUAACCCAUUCCCCAAACUGCAAGGUUGCAAAAGCAAGACUCUGGGAAACUUUGCUGGCUUAAAUCUGGGGUGCUUUCAGAAUGCUGGGCUCCCUGUGGCUAAAUAAACGGCUUGCACAUUCUCUCCCCCCCCCCCCAUUAGCUGCACACCAGUAAAGAAUCUGAAUAUGUUCCACAGUACAAAUUUCCAUUGCGGAAAAUGGAAGCAAAAAAUGUGUGACCUUUAUAAAUUGCUCAAGAGUUGUGUUAUAUGGAUAAUAGGCUUGUGCGAUUUUCUAAAAGCAUUUUGCCGGACUCCUGGAGGCUAACUGAAAGGAAAUUGAGGGAUAUUUUAAAAGACCAUGGGUGAAUUGAAACAGCCAACAACAUUGCAAACCAGGUUGCAGAUAUGUAGGUUGGUGGAGUAGACAGCAGUAGAGCUUCACUGUAUACAUUCUGCUGUCUUCUGGGGUGAUAUCAGCUGGUUCCCCGGCUGCAGCAAGCGGUGGAGGGUUAAGCACCAUUGCAUCUUUUAAAUAAGGCAUAGCUACCUUGCUGCCCUCCUGAUGUCAUUGGACUACAACUCCCAUCAUUCUUGACCAUUGGCUGUGCUCACUAGAGCUGAUGGGAGUUCUAGUCCAACAUUAUAUUCUUAGCCGCCUCUGUUGUAAAGGUGAAGAUCUGGAUGAGUUUAUAUUACCAAAUGGAAAACACUUGAGGAAAAAUACCUGCAAUGUCACUGUGAAAGUCUUUUUGCACGACUGAGCUUUGCUGUCUGAAAUUGAGAGACAUCAGCUUAAUGGGGUGGAAAUUUAACUGUUAAAUUCCUAAUAAUGUUACAUGGCUAAAUGAAUGUAACAGCAAUUUGGUGUGUGGUGAUCAAGUGUGGUUUUUUUGUCCUCAAUCCACCUCUCCUACAGUGUUUGUGUACUCAUUUUCUCGACUUUCUACAUGAGAUAUAAAAUCUACAUUCUGGAAGAGCAGCUUGGCACCAUGGCUUCCUAUGUGGAUUCACAUCCCCACGUGUAAGAAUGAUUUUGUUGUUGGAAUCUUCUUUAUCUUUCCAUUUUUAAUACUAUAGUCAUCCUGCUAGACCUAGCUUCAUCAUCAUCUAUCCCAUAGUUUCUCCCCUGGGGUUAGGCUUUCAUUCUCUUCUUCAAGCAGUCAUUUUAAAUUUGCACUUACAUGAGAGUAAUUCCCAUUGCAUUUAAUAGGACUUUUUCUGAAUAGACAUGUAUACGAUUGCAUGUGCAUAGUGCACAUUAUUUUUGGUGUUUUGAUCUUUAACUGACAUGAGGUAAAACUGUAAAAUUUAAUCCAGUGCUAUAUUUCUGUACAUUCUCAUUCUAGUUGCUUACCUCACUAUCUCACAAAACUCCAGACAUCUCCUUUGUGCAUUUUUAAAUUGUCUUCUGCUUCCCUUUCCCCACAUUUACUUUCCAUUUCAGAUAUCCAAUAAAAGAAGGUCUAGGAUCUCAACUGCCUCUUAACAUUGUUGGUCUCUCUGAGGAGCUAACAGCUAAUCUUAUCAAACUGGAAAAGGUGACUAAUACAGAACUGUGUAACUAAGAAUUGUUGUGUUUUUAAAAAAGUUUCCCAAGGUAGCCAGACCUUCCAAGUCCUAGAAGAGGGAUGGGGAACCUGUGAUGUUGGACUCCAACUUCCAUCAGCCCCAGGCAGCAUGGCUAACAAUCGGAGAUGAUGGGAGUUGUUGUCCAACAACAUCUGGUGGGCAAAAAGUUCCCCAUUCCUGUCCUAAGAAACAGCUGCUGGUCUGUAUGAGCAUGGAAAGUGAAAUUAAUGUUUAUAAGGGUGGCAUGGUGCUUAACAACCAUUCCCAAACCCUUAGCACUGCUUUUGUGCCAGCCCAUUUGGCAAAGUAGUGGGGGAAAUUCCUACCUGAAGGUUAGGGGAACUGGAUCCAUAGGCUACUUUGACAGGUGGUAGGGCUGCCUACCUGUCAGUCGCCUGAUCUCACCAUGACAGGCAAAGCGUUUUCCUUUGCUUAUAUGUCUUGAUUUCAAACCAUGGUGGUCAAAGGGAAUAUGAAACUGAAUUGUGCAAAGGAAUCAGGGCUUGCAAGUCUCACUUUUUUCCAGAAUUGGCUCCACAUAGCAGCUCCAAGUAGCACUAAUCCAUUUGGUGCCAACUUAAAUGGCGGCAGAUACAAGCCCUGCUUGACAAGGAACAAUCUCAGGUGCACUUUAAGAUGGCUAGAUUCUUCCUUUGCAGCUGCAUCCUUACCUGUCACACACCUGCCCUAGCUCCCAAAGCUCUUGUGAGUUUUAUUUACAAAUAAUUUUCAUAAUUUCUUACAGCUCACUAUAAAAGGGCUCUUUGUGGGAAUGAUUUUGCAUUAGCAAAACGCAACAUAAGACUUCCACAGAGCUUCUAAUCGUUACCAUGGCACUGAGGCUUCUACGGAGGACAAAAAAUUUGCCCUUGUGGAGAGCUGGAACAGAACACGUUAAGCCCUUUUGUAAUGUGCAAACGAGCCCUUCAUAUUUAUAUGACAAACUGCAAAGCCUGCCUUUCUACUUAAAAGAAAAGCCUUAAUCAGUCACUCUGUUUCCCAAACAAUGUUGUACUUCCAAUGGACAGGGGCUUUAUUUCUGCCAUUUGUUAUCAGGAGAUUUGCUUGUCUAGUUGCCUGCUCCCUGCAGAUGGUACCCAUUUAGGUUCAUUUGCUAACAGUCGAAACAAAUGAACUUGCUAACCUCUACCAGGGAGAUUGAACGGAGCCUAAAACUAGGUGUGGAGGCCCCUUCACACUGCAGUGUACAAAUCUCAGUUACAAUCAAGUUAAUUCAGACCAAGAGGUUUUCCCCUGAGUACUUUUCUAUUUGGUGUUGUACUUCCCCAAGAAUAGUUCGACAUCCAAAAUUCAAAAUGUUACGUGAUGACGUGGUUCAGAAACCACAGAACACGUUGUCUAUUUGCUGCUGCUGCUUUUCUGCAAUAUGUUCACUAGUAUAGAUAGAGGCAAUAGACCAGAGAUGGGGAGGCUGUGGCCCUUGAGAUGUUGUUGACUCCGCUUCCAUCAGCCCAAGCCAGCAGGACUAGUGGUGAGUUGCAGCAUCUCAAAAGGCCACAGGUUCCUCACUCCUGAAACAGACAACAGAAACCUUCUAAGGUAUUUCUGUUGCCCAUCAACAAAUACUCAGCACACAAAGAAGAACAGAAUCUUCAUAGACCUUGGGGAAGAGGCACUCGAAGCAUGCUAGUUGACCUCAGGAUACUUUCCCCAGUGAUUCUCCAUUUAAAAGCAUCCCUGAGGAUGGAUAAGAACUGUUUGUGCAAACCAUUGCUACAGAGUUUAUAGAAUUUAAUUUACGGGCUGCUUGGAUUUAACUGGAUUGAGUGCCUUGACUUCAUAGAGCAUACUCCAGUUAAGCAAAGCGUAUGACACUGGGCUGUUCAUCUGUUGUACAAGUGGCUGCAAGUUUUAUCCAAAUCCUUUCUCUUGUAUUUUUCUUUCCUUAUUAAAGAUCCAAAGCAAUUUACAAAAGCUACUUGAAGAUGGUGAAUGAGUUGCCAGCUACCUUCAUUCGUACUUCAUUUCCUUCCUGAUAAGUAACUCUAAAUGUGACAUCAGACUCUGCUGGCCAGGGUGUUAUGUCCUUCAACUGACUCCAAAAACUUCACUCUCCACUUGACCGUGGAAGUUUGAAUCUGUGCAAUAAAGUGUCUCUAUUCAGAGGAUGAUGCCUUUCUAUUACCUAUAACGUUGUGAAUAACUGGGAAGACUGAUCUUGGUGCUUUGUUAUAUUACUUAAAUCCACAGUAAUUCUACUUUCUUUGUGUGACUUUCAGACUUAAUAUUGUGUGACUAAGAGUAAUGCUUGGUGCGGAUGUAUCAUUUGCUGUACAAUCAUGUCUGGAAAGUUAUGUGUCUUUCACAUGCAUGUAUUGCCCAGCUUGUUUCACUUUUCUUUUUGCCGAAACAGAAAUUGGGCACGUGACCGACGUGUUAAUCAGCAGGACCCAAUGGGCUUCAUUCUGCGAGGUGCUGAGCAAAACACCGUUCCCACUUUGCUCAUGUUCUUCACUGGUAGGAGGGGACACAUUCCGUGCAGACUUGCCAAAUGGCCCUAUUCUGCAUGCCAUUCUGCUGUCAACGAAAUGUAGCAAUGAGUAAAGUUUUUCUGGAAGAGCGUCCAUUGCUAAUGGGCCACCCCCCCAAGUCAGAAUGUUCUUGAAGGCUCAUUAGCAAGGCUAAUUGAAAAGCUGACAACCCUAGUUGCAUAGGGUUGGUCCAGAUGAUGGAUGGGUGCGUUAAACUUGGUCUGGGCCUAACCCAUAAAUUUUACUGGAGCAGGAAUAUACCAGCAGCGUUUAGCCCAUUUAACUGGUCUGCAGAUACCUAAAUUAAUAAUUGCUUUCAUGUACUUAAUUUCUGUAUCAGUAUAUCUGACACCUAAUUACCGUAUUUAUUUUUGAAAAUGCACUUGAAGUACUCCAAAAACUGACACAGUUCAGACCCUUUGCCCUUACAGACUCAAUGAAGUGAGGGUGUCUUUAUUGCCCCCAGGUGGAAUAAUUUAUAAACUGGCUAAAGCUGCAGUCCUAACCUUUCAGUAAGCACCACUAAUUUGAAAGGACUCCUGAGUAGGCAUGGUUAAGAUUGCACUGUAAAUUGGCCAACUUGGAUUUCAGUUUAGUCCCAAAUGAAGGUUUUUUUAAAAAAAUUAAAAUCAUAUUGACUCUAGGUACAUGUGUUACUAGGUUUGGGGAUUGCAAUCUGUCAUUUAAUUGUGUUGCUUUCAUUCACUCUGUUGGAAGAACGGCUAGCUAGUGAUUACAAAUUCUCAAAGAUUAUGUGAUGGUAUAUAAAUUCAAUUUUUAUUAAUAAUAAUAAUGGUAACUCCAUGGUAUUUUGAUCUACAAUGGAACCAUUGUUUUUAGUGCUGUGUUGGCAAUUUCUCCUGCAUUUAUUCCAACCAUUUCCCAUCAAUGUGAAAAGGAAUUGCAUUAGGACAUUUCCAAAUGAAUAGGACAGAAAAAUGGAAGCUUCUUCUACAGAAGAAACAAAUUUUUGAGAAACUGAAGGACAAAUAGCAACACAGCAACACUUUUUGCCACUAGAAUAUCCAUAGCCCAUAUUCUGCCGCAUACUACUGUCUUCACAGUGCCUUACCAGUGAAAAACCUGGUAAUUCAUUAGUUUUAGCCAGAUGAGUUGGUUCAUAUUAAUAUUAUUUAAAAUAACUCGGAUCUAUAAAAUACAGUGUUUUCUUUACAUAGUAGAGAGACUACCUUAUCAUUUCUGUGAAAUGUAACUUAUUCAUUUUUAAAAUAAACUUUCUAAAACUGC